GGGUGGUGUAGUGCAUUGAACAACCGGAAGCGGCUGUAUUCUGUCUCAUUCAGUCGGCAGCUUCGUGGCAGCCCCUGGGAUCAUCAUCAUCAGUGGAGGAAAUAGAAUGGCGCUGACCCUUACCUUCUCCAAUGGCAGCCCCCCACUGGGUAAUGGCAGCUUAGCCCCCCCAGCCAGGCUGGGUCUCUUCCCAAUGCCCAGGCCUCCCUUUACACACUGAAUGCUCACAAUAGUUCUUGGGACAAUCACAUGUGACAGCUCUGCAUGCCUGAAGCCAUGCUUCUUUGUGGCAAAUUGUCUUGUUUUGGGAAAUUUUUGUUUUCUACAACUCUAUCUAUUUAUUUAUUUUUAAAGGGUCUGCAUAACUUGUGAUAUAACAUGAUUUCUCCCAUCCCUGGUUCUCCCUGAUUAUACCCAGUUAGAUUGGGAUUUGCAGUGGGUUGCAUCAUACUGCCCUGUACAGAAUUAACAUACUCUGCCCUUUUUGUAAUAUAUUUAUUUCUUUUGACCCAUGGUAAUGUUUAUAAAUCAUGGCUAAUGAUCAAUGCAAUGAUCUGAGAGUAAUGUGUAUGCCAUUAAAUGCACUGGUAAGGAAAUGUAAAUUGGGCUAAUACUCUGCCUGCCUCAGUCCAUGAUAUUUAGAUAAUGUGAUGCUUGUAAAGGGAUUUGCUCAAGGUCAGAAGUUAGUAUCAAAUUUUAAAAUUACAGUUAUUGUAUGUCUUAUCAGAUGGACUAUUGUACACCCCUGUUAAACACAAUGUCCUCUAGUUUAGGAAGCAUCAUUAGCUAUAUAUACCAUAUGCUUAAUAUGUUAGGGUAAUCCAGUUUUAGUUCUAUAAAAUACUGGUUGUGUUGUGAUCCUUCAUAUGUCUGAUCUUUUGUCCUUUUUAUGUGCCCAUCCUGUCUUGCUUGUCUGUUCUAAAAAGAACAGCAUUCUUCUGACAAGUGCUUUGUGAAUUGUGCAAUUGUAAUACAGACCAGGUGUAUUUAAAGGUUCUGCAGUUUUUAAAGAAAGGGAAUUAAUAAUGGAUACAUUGUGAAAUAUGAUGCUGCAAAUACAGCUGUCAGAUACUCUCUUGUUUUUUUUUUUUUUUGUAACCUCUCAACAAAGUAGCAUUACUUAUCUGGGUUUGACCACAGUCACUGUGUGGGAACUUUGCCAAAUACGCAAAGCUGGUCCGAUGGUGACAUCACUGCUGGGGGUCCAGCUGCAGAAAGGGUCAUGUAAAGGUGAUGUUUACUUAUCUGAACCAUUCCCUUGCAACCACGGCCAUCUUGUCCGGCAGAUCCUUUUCAUUAUCUGCAAGAGUACAGCAUUGAUGGUGAUGAUGGCACUGUUGAUGGAUGUCGCGAUUGACACUGUAGCUCCGCCCAGAGCCUAGGAACGUUAGGUGGAGGAAAUAUACAGAGACAAAACAGUGACUACUUUUAUUUCUGUGAAAUUCCAACACAGCAAAAUGAGUGUUUCAUAUAGUUUAUUUCUUUAUGAAAUACUCAUUUAAUGGUGGGGAGGAGAGGAGUGACAGUGCUGCUCUAAAUAGCAGCAUUAAAGGACCACUAUAGUGCCAGGAAAACAUACUUGUUUUCCUGUCACUAUAGUGCCCUGAGGGUGCCCCCCACCCUCAGGGACCUCCUCCCGCCGGGCUCUGGGGAGAGGAAGGGGUUAAACUUACCUCUUUCUCCAGCGCCGGGCGGGGAGCUCUCCUCCUCUCCUCCCCCUCUUCGUCUGAAUGUGCAUGCGCGGCAGGAGCCGACACGUGCAUUCAGCCAGUCCAUAGGAAAGCAUUCACAAUGCUUUCCUAUGGACACUGGCGUCUUCUCACUGUGAAAAUCACAGUGAGAAGCACGCAAGCGCCUCUAGCGGCUGUCAAUGAGACAGUCCCUAGAGGCUGGAUUAACCCAUUUAUAAACAUUGCAGUUUCUCUGAAUAUAUAUAUAUAUAUAUAUAUAUAUAUAUAUAUAUAUAUAUAUAUAUAUAUAUAUAUAUAACCCUAGCUGGACCUGGCACCCAGACCACUUCAUUAAGCUGAAGUGGUCUGGGUGCCUAUAGUGGUCCUUUAAGACGGCAUGUUUCUAAGUGAUACAUGAUGCUACCCAAGGCCAGAGUUCACUGACCUUUGUAUCACUGGUUCUACUGGUAAACUGCAAUAAGUUGUGUGAAAUUUCUACUAGCCUACCAUUAUUUGCUUGUAUAUUAUGGUUUGCUGCUUUGCAAGAAUUGAAUUACGUUAACUACGCAUUCAAAAGUAAAAGCACAUUAGAACAUAGAAUAAAGAGUAAAUAUUAGCAAGGUGGAUAUAAAGAUCCUUUUUUUUUUUCUUCAAAUCGAGGCCAUCUCCAGCUGUUUUUGGCUUAGUUGCAGUAAUCUAUGCUCUGUGUGCUAGGAGUGUAGUGUCUGUAAUAUUUUGUGAGCUCGUAACUUUUAGUGUCACCAGUGAAUUAUUGUCCUGAGAAUCUUAUGAUUGGUGUUGGUGUGUUAGUGGCAGGCAGCACUAUUUUAUACAGUGUACAGCUAGUAUAAAACAAGCUAAAUGAAUCCUGAUGUUCAGAGGAUGAAUUCAUUGUUACUGUGUCUGUAAUAAAGUAACAACCACUGGCAGAUAAUAAGAUGUCUGCUGAUGGCAUGGUAAUGUGGUCUACACGUCACUACUACCAGUGUUAUGGUUGCCAUAGAACCAUCAUGUAGUGAUGGCUGAUAAUUCACCAAGAGCCUUAGUGAUCACCAAUAUGACAAUCAUCACAUGUCCUGCAUUCCACACUAGCUCUGUGACUACGAUUGCAUCAUGUUAUUCAAUGCACCAUGUGUCCUGUCACACUGGAUAUGUUGAUGUCAUUGCAAAGGACUUGCAACAGGCUUGCAACAGACUGGCAAUAGAGUAACCAUUAACUCUGCCCCUAUAUAUUUACAAUCAAAGUAAAAAGAUAUCACUCAGAGUUCCAUCUCACAAAGACAUUCUAAUCCUUCCCUGGGCUUUUACGGUAAAUAUGUACAUAGACUGAUUAGUUUGGUUUACUGAUGUAACCAUUUUACACUGAGUAUUUCUAACCUGUUAUAUGUUGAAAACAAUUGUUUUGUUUGAUGAUCUAAAAGAUAAGCAUGGUUAUUUGCCAAAUUCUAAUUUUCACUAAAUCCAAAUGGCAAAGCUGAGGCUAAGCUAAUAAAGUUGUGGCUACAGCUGAAUUGGAGAUUUUUCCAUAUCAACAAUUUUUGCACUGGUUUGUUCAUUAAGGUUUAGCAAAUAACCCUGUAAGAGCCUUACAAGAUCUAGGCAACCGUUAUUAUUGUGCUUACCGAGUGCCACAACUCCCAUCAUGCAAGCGUUUAGAACUGGAAAUCGUAUAUAAUCUUUUCUUGUGUAUGCACCUGGUGUGUAAUUAGAGUUUCAAAAAAAAAAAAAAAGGCAGAACUUUGUGGGAAUUUGUAGUAAAAUGUAUCUCAUUUUGCCUUGCUGUUCAAUAAUGCAACAUGACUGUUUCACUUUUCCUCUGCAAACAUUGAUCGCAUCUGAUACAUUGACCGUACCAUGCAUAAUAAAUCUCUGCUUGCUAUCUUAUAAAAACUGAAUAGCUAUUUUGAAUUCACUAAUGGACUACUUAAAUUCUCUCUUCAUUUUUUUAUUGCAUUUAAUGAUUCCAGUUGGACGCAAAGGACUAAGUGUAGUAUUUAAGUGACUCUUGUACAGUUGAAAGUUUGUCUCUGAUUAAAGCAUUUUAAAGGCAUUUUAGAAACGUGCUUACUAUCUGGAUGUUGAUUCACAAAAGAUGUGAAUGUAGUGAAUUUACAAGCAGAUUGGAAAGAGAAGUAGCACUUGGGAAAGGGGGUGGGGGAGUAACGUAGUACCGUUAAGUCAGGUUUAUUUACUAAAGUGUGAGUUGUCUGAAACUUUAAGUUAAUUUCAAGCCAAUUAUGUUUCAAGGUUGGCUUUUGUUGCCUUAAAAUUUGAAUGUUUAUUUUAAUUCACUUUGAAUUCCUACCAACUGAACUUAAAGGAAUCCCAACUUUGUUUUACAUCUAUCGUUUUAUCCUCUAUUAUCUGUAGAAGCACUGUCCUUGGUGCCGCAGUUUCUUUCCGCAGCUCCUGACAGCCGACAUCCUUGCUUGCUCAUAAGCUGGUGACCUUGCUUGUUAGUGGAGUAUGUUGCACUCUUACAUAUUCAAGAAAAUGCAGAAUGGAUGAUCGUGGAACAUUCUUUUUAUUAAUCCUGACCACGUAUUCUUGGAUAUGUGCAUUGUGUUCUUAUAUCUAUCUAAGAUGCAGCCUAGAAUGUCAGUUAUCACGAUUGACUGCUGACAUUAUUUGGAGGACUGGAAGACCUGUGCCAUUUUUCAUAAGGCUACUAAGAAAGAAGGCUCCACUUUGUCUUAAAUAAUUUAAACAUGCAUUCCUGACCCUAUAGUGUUUAACCCACCAUUUAGGUGGCUUGCCCCCCCUGUAGCCCUCCUAUAAAAGUAUAAAACUCACCUUAUUUCCAGUGCCCUGCGGGUCUGCCCCCUUUGUGACAUCAUCAAAAUGGCCGUUUUUUUGGCCAAACCAGUGGAUUGGCUAAAAUCGGCAUGGGGCCAGGCCAGGCCAAAUGCCCUUUUCACCAAUCAGGACUGCUUACUGUGCAGCCCUGAGCCAGGUAGCACCUUCAGUGGCCAUCUGAGUGGCGGCCACCUGGAGGUGUCCCUAGUGGCAAUGUAAACACUGACAUUUCUCUGAAAAGGCAAUGUUUAAAUGAAAAUGCCUGAAGGGAGCUAUUAUACUCAACAGAACAACUACAUUAAGCUGUAGUUGUUUUGGUGACUACAGUGUCCCUUUUAAAUAAAAAAUAAUGUAAAAAUUCUAUCAAUGCAAUGAGGUUUUCUGGAAAAAAACACAGUCUUGAUGCAGGUCCUUACCCAGAAAGGGUAAUUGUCAACCUUCUGUACAGUAAAAGUACUUUCAUUUCACAUCCGAAUAUCCAGCACUGACUUGAGGCACCUGGUUUUAUUCAGAUUGCUGAAAUAACUUCACCAAACCAAGGUUUCGUAUGAGCCAAUAAAGAAGCUCGGUAAAAUGCUCCAAAUAGCUCAGGGGAUGACAAAGCCAUGAAAUUCUUAAUUUUAAACCCUAACUAAACAACAAUUGCUUUUUGUUGCAUAGUCUCACUUUCAGUUCCAUAAAAUAUCGGAUGUGUGUGUCAUUUGAGAAGCCAAUGUGGUAUGAGAGGCAAAGGGAAAUGUUGAUUUAUUUCAAGAGAAAGUAAAGAUAGGCCACAUAUACUUACCGCCCAUGUAUACAUUUACCCUGCAGUUCUAAUCGGUUAGAUAUAUCAUUAUCUUGGUGAUCAUACAUGAUGUGUCUUGCUCUGUUAUUCGUUUUAAAGCUAUCCAGUGGACCCUGGAACACCUGAAAGACAGAAUACAGAUCAACGUUGAAGAAGGAAAGGAGACAGUCCUUCGAGUAUCGACGUAAGUGCUCUCCAUUCUUCUAGAUCUCCUGCCCAUCACAGCUUUUUACAGGUCUCUCAACCAAAAGUCCAGUCCAACAGUGCUCCUUACAGGUCACUUUAUUUAUCUCCAGUUUAUCCAUGUUUCUCUAAAGGUCCCUCCAUUUUGUCCCCAGUACAUCAGUGCUUCUAAGAAGUCACUCUGGUUGAUCUUCAGUCCAUUCAGGUCUUCCAAGAGGGCACUGUAUUGUAUCUCCAUCAGAGUUUAAAAUCGGUCUUAUAUAAAGGAUUGUUUUUUUUUACUUUGAAUUACAUACUUGUUUGAAACAGAAUAUAUUUUAAAGGAUCACUAUAGUGUCAGGAAAACAAAUCGGUUUUCCUGACACUAUAGUACCCCCUUAGGGUCCCCCUCCCGCCGGGCUGAAGGGGUUAAAACCCCUUCAGUUACUCACCUUCUUCCACCGCUGGGCUCCCUUAUCCCCCCCCCCGCCAACGUCAGCGGAGCGGAAUGCUAUGUUUACAGCAGGCUGGAUUAAACCUAGAGGGACCUGGCACCCAGACCACUUCAUUGAGCUGUAGUGGUCUGGGUGACUAUAGUGUCCCUUUAAGUUUAAGAAUGUAGUUUAUGACUGGGCCUGCCUGCUUCUGUUCUAGACAUAGAUAACAAAGAUUAUUUAUUUCUAAGUGUCUAGAUCGUUUCAGAAAUGUUAUAUACGUGUUGGGGCUUUUGGUUAUUAAGAUGUGACCUUUCCCAAAUAUGAACCACCGUAUCCCCUAAUUUAUCACCUAAUUAAAAGCAGGUGCCAAAACUACCUUCACAACAACAACACAAAAUGUCCAAAAAAUAAGCAUUUUUAUGCUUAGUGGUGAUACCUCAAAUGGCCCAAUGUUGCAUUUGUCUGUUUUUUGUGCAGUUUUGAAAACCAUUUUACAUAUUAUCUUAAAGGAACACUAUAGUCACCUGAACAACUUUAGCUUAAUGAAGCAGUUUUGGUGUAUAGAACAUGCCCCAUGCAGCCUCACUGCUCAAUCCUCUGUCAUUUAGGAGUUAAAUCAUUUUGUUUAUGAACCCUAGUCACACCUCCCUGCAUGUGACUUGCGCAGACUUCCAUAAACACUUCCUGUAAAGAGAGCCCUAUUUAGGCUUUCUUUAUUGCAGGUUCUGUUUUGAUUAAGAUUUUCUUAUCCCCUGCUAUGUUAAUAGCUUGCUAGACCCUGCAAGAGCCUCCUGUAUGUGAUUAAAGUUCAAUUUAGAGAUUGAGAUACAAUUAUUUAAGGUACUUUACAUCUGUUUGAAAGUGAAACCAGUUUUUUUUUUCAUGCAGGCUCUGUCAAUCAUAGCCAGUGGAGGUGUGGCUAGGGCUGCAUAAACAGUAACAAAGUGAUUUAACUCCUAAAUGACAGUGAAUUGAGCAGUGAAGUUGCAGGGGAAUGAUCUAUACACUAAAACUGCUUUAUUUAGCUAAAGUAAUUUAGGUGACUAUAGUGUUCCUUUAACUCUGCUUUUAGUUUGGUCAUUCAAUCUUGUACAGCCUGAUGUUAUGAGAGCAGUAUAAAUAGAGAAGUGGACUAUUGUGUGUUUUAUGUGUUUAGUCACCUGUUUUUUUUUUUUGUUACAGUGAUGUCUCUUUCACUGAUGUGAACUCCAUCAUUCGAUACUUGGCCAGGCUUGUACCAGAUGCUGGGUUGUUUGGCUCCAAUCAGAUGGAACAGACCGAGGUAGGGUUGCCCAUAUAAAUCAUUUUCUCUUUUUUUCUUUCUCAAUAAAAAUGUAUUUUAAAGCGGCAGACAUGUGGCUGGGACUUACAUCUGAUAAUUGUCUUUAACUGCUAUGCAUCUUUUUGAUCGUUUUCACACCUGGUAUUUUCAGCCAUUUUACGAUUACUUUGUGUCUGCUGAAACCCUGCCCUACCAGUAUAGUGCCGCUAAGUUAGUGUCUUACAACUUUACAAAUUAGCUAACAAUCAUUGCUUGGCUAGCAAUAGCUUCAAAUAUGUCUUAAAGGAGCACUAUAAAGUCAGGAACACAAAACUGUAUUCCUGACCCUAUAGGGUUAAAACCACCAUCUAGCCACCCUGGUCACCUCAUGCCUCCAUAAAUAUAGUCAAAUCUUACUUGUAUUCAAGUCUGCAGCUGCUUACUUAGUCCCUAUUUCCUUUAGACCUGCCCACUGCCUGCGGACAUCAGCAGAAGUGGUAGCCUGAUCCAAUCACAAUGCUUCCCCAUAGGAUUGGCUGAGACUGACAAAAUGGCAGAUCAGAGGCAGAGCCAGCACAAUUCAAACACAGCCCUGGUCAAUCAGCAUCUCCUGAUAGAGCUGAAUUGAAUCAAUGAAUCGUGGUCCUUUAAGGAGACUUGUUCUGCCAAAGCAACUUUACAUGUGUUUGUGUAUUUGCAUAAAAUGAAUACUCAAAGCACCACAAACCUUUCAGCUUAUUGGGGUCCUGGAAUACUGUGGGUGCACUCUGAUCUGGUUUUUGUCAAAACCGUAGUAUUCCCUGGCAGAAAUAUAAUAGGAAAGUUUUUUUUUAUUUUCUUACUCAUGUAAUUUUUGUGUGACCAUCAUUGCCUGUCAACACAAUACAAUUAAAGGCUCAGAGCACUGAGCUGUAGGAUCAACCCACUAUUAACCUUUCCUGUGCUUCAUUGUCCCCUCCAAUGUACCCCCCUUUUAAUAUAUGCCCAGUUGUCUUUGAGUGAGAUUUUGUAUCAUUAUUAGUUUUGUUUUUUUAUAGUUAAUAUUAGAUUACCAGUUUGGUCACUGCUGUUGCCUUGCACACAUUGUACUAAAUCGAAUAGAUUUCUCAGUUUGGAAGUGUUCUAAUCGGUUAUUUUGGGAGUGAAGUCAUAUUGUGUAGAAGAGAUGGUUUUUGUUGGUGUGUGAUUUUUACUGUUCUGCCCAGAAUAGCUGUCCUCGGUCUUAGAAAGCGCACAGAAUAUUUAAACUCUCAGCCCAGCUGUUCCUGCCACGUCUGCUCAGCUGUUGGAUACCUUCCCUGGUGCUGGCAGGUUCACAUUACUAUAGCUCUGGAGAGCCUCUUGCUGCAAGAGUUCUAGAAUCGUACGUGCAUUCUAUCCAAUAUAAACCAUGCUUGUACAUACAUCUGUUUGUUAUUAGGGUUUUUAUUCAAGUCUGCAGCUGCAUUGCAAACAUAUUGGUUUUACACUAUUUGUAAGCGAUCUGUAAGGAAAUUUGCAAUUAUUUUAACCACUUCUUCUCAUUAACUGCAAAAUGUUAAAAUGAAUAACCCAAGCUUUACCUAAUUUGUUUUAUUUUUUUUUAAACAAAUCUGCUAUUUAUAUUUUGCAGUUUUGGUUUCUGUUCAUUACAGGUCUCUACUUUUGUAAAUACAACUGUUUGUUAAAAAAAAAAAAAAAAAAUUGCGUUGGGGAGUGGAAAUUUUGAGCCCUGCUCAACAAAACACAAAGACAAGGCCCAAGCAAAACAAAACUUUUAAGUGCAGUCAACUGUUCAUUUAGUGUUAUAAAUUCAACCAGAAAAUUUUUAGGGAAAAAUAGUCAAAGAAUAAAUUGAGAGGUAACUUAAUAGAAAAAUUGUUUCUGUUCAGUCCAUACUGGCUGUAGUGGAUGUGAGCGAGUGCUGUGAUGCGCUGGAGCACCCAAAAUGUGUGCGCUUAGGGAAUGUACAAAUGAACUAUUUAUGGCUACCACACCAUAUCACUAAAAAGUGAGUACUUUAGUUUCCCUUGCUUUUUAAUGAAUGGCUUCUUCUUGUGUUUUAGAUAAACCACUGGAUUGAGUUUAGCCGAACAAGACUGCAGGAAAAGUCCUCUUUUCUUGCAGGUCUUCGUGAUCUCAACCACAGCCUCUCGCUCCGAACCUACCUGGUGGGGGACACGUUGACCUUGGCUGACAUCAGUGUGUUUUCAGCUUUGGAAGGUGUGUACGUAUAACAUGCAAUUGAAAUAUAUACUUGAGAUGAAGUCGUGAUUAACUAAAAAUGUAUUUUAACAUAACCAAUAUCUGUAACCUAACCUGCAACUAUCAAGUGUGGGUGCCUGGAACAUCCUUUUAAAGGAUCACUGUCUCCAUAUCUGUAUUCCUAACGUUACAUUGCUGAUGCCCCUUCUAAUUUCAACACCCCCCUCCAUGUAAAUAAUAAUAAUAAUAAUAAAAAACAAAAUGAACCGAAUAACUCUCCCUUUUUCCCAUGGUGCUGCCGCUAUCUCAUCCUAGACGCCUGCCUCCAUGAUCACUGGCCACUCACCACUAUUCAUUAUUUUGAAAACAUCAUCCUUUGAAAUGCUGUAAAUAUAAUAAUUUACCAUCCUUUUCCCAGCAUCCAGUAACUGGCAAGCAGAACUGAAAAAUAAUAAAGCACCGGUAAACAUCAAACGCUGGUACAGCUUUCUGGAACACAGACUGGUCUCCUCCGGGGGAAUAACUUUCACAGCAGUAAGUGACAUAGAAAUGUGUGUGUGUAUCAUAAAUGUGUGCACGUAUAAAAUCUAUAUAAUAUAAUGUAUAUUGCAAUAUAUAUACACACACACACACCGUUUUUAAAAUAUUCUUUAUUUUGUUCCCCACUUGCACACAGUUAUAUUUAAUAAAAUGUAAACUAUGUGAAUACAAAUUUGCUGAAAAUGUGGCCUUGCAUAUUCAUAGCUCUAUAUCAUUAGAAUUGUUAAAUGUCAGAACUGAGUAAAAAAAAAUGAAGACCCGUUAUAAAUCAGGCCUGUGAAAGUAGGUGUGAGAGGGGCCUUUGGUGUACUGUUGCAUCAUUCUAUCAUAGUAAAUCAUUCUGUAUGCGUAAUAAAGCAGAGCUACGGAUUUAAAGAUUACUAAGCGCUGAAAAUCCAUAUCUGUACAGCCUGUUGUAAUGGAUAUUGUGCAAUCAGUCUCUUCCUUUUUCUAUGUUUAUUUUUUUAUAGUCAGAUUAUUUGUGGGGGGGGUUUUAUGAACUCAGGGGUUCUGCCAUCACAUAAAGCCUACAGUUCAGUUGCCACUGAGAUAAGAAUUUUCACUUCAACAGUAGAAACAUAAAACAGUCCAUCCUUGGAUAAGCUGUAAGAGAUUGACUAUGCCACCUCUAGUGGUUAUAGCCUGUAAUUGCUGUUCAUACAUGGCCACAUUUGUAUAGAUAGUGUGAAAAAGAAAUAAAUCUCUAUUUUAGCAGCAGAUAUGCCAGUCUUUGAGGCCCUGGUUUUACACAAAAUCUGACAAAAAUAGGGAAACUAUAUCUAAAGGCUUUUGGCACCAUAUCCACUACAAAAGGCUGGUAUAGUGCUUCAUCUCCAUUUAAUCUAACUUGUAGCUUUAAUACAAAACCGAGGAACAAAUUCUGCACUUGUGUUAUUUUACACUGGAGACUUAAGUUGAAUUUUCCUUGAACUCACUCUAGAGGUAAAGGGGGUAUUUUUUAUUUUUUAUUUUUUUUUUACCAAUAUGUUUGCAAUGCAUUUUGCCAUUGUAAACUUCUUGUUUUUUUUAAAAGUUAAUUCCAUUCAAUUUUGUAAAAAUUAUUUUUUGAGAAAAUGUCUCUUUUUCAGCUAUGGUGUUUUUUGUGUCAGACUCAACUCUUAUCCAACCAACUGCUUCUCAACCUAACUCGCCGGCUGCUGCACUUUUACACAGAGCAAUAGCAGCAAGCAGGUUGGAUUGAGCAGCAGUCGGUCAGCUAACAGUAGUGUCAAACCCAAAACAGCUGCUCAGCUUGGUAAAAUCAAUGUAGGCCAUUUAAAAAUAAAAUAAAAAUCAUUACAUUUCAUUAAAUGUCAUAAACUUUAAAAAAAAAAAGAGAGAGAGAGAGAAUGAAAAUUUGAUGACAUCUGUCCUUUAAUAGCCAGAAUCGCAAUAGCUGAUUUAUUUAGAUGUGAGAUAUCAAAACUGCUCGGUAAUGUUUUAUUAAAAACAAAGUCUGACUAGCGAUACUUCACUUCCUAUCUAUCACCAGGCACCUGAAAAGAAGAAAGAUGUCGGAAAAUUUGUUGAACUCCCAGGGGCAGAGAUCGGAAAGGUUGUUGUGAGAUUUCCUCCCGAGGCCAGUGGGUAAGUACUAAGUGCUCCCCUACCAGAUUAUCCAAUUUAUGGAUAUUUGUGAGAAUAUCUUCUAGUAACACCAUUGGAUAUAAUAGUUCUUAUUUUAUUUAAAGGAACACUAUAGUGCCGUUUUCCUGGCACUAUAGGGUUAUUGGGUUCCCACUCUCUCGUUGCCCUCGACCCGCUGGGCUGAAGGGGUUAAAACCCAAUUCAACCACUUACCUUAAUCCAGCGCCAGGCUCCCUCAGCGCUUGUUACCUCUCCUCCUCCUUUUGACGUUCAGCCGUGAAUGUGCAUGCGCAGCCAGAGCCGUGCGCGCAUUCAAACCGCCCAUAGGAAAGCAUUAUUUAAUGCUUUCCUAUGGACAUACAGCGUCUUCUCACUAGAGGCUGUAUUAACCCUCAGUGAAACAUAGCACUUAAUUGAACUGAAGUGGCCUGGGUGCCUUUUAGUGGUCCUUUAAUUGGCUGUGUUCUUAAUUUUUCCUAAUUAAUGGUGGAACAUGUAAAAUUAUGUACAUUAUACAUAGAAAGGUGGGAAUGAAUUGAAAUAGAUAAAUAUUAAGCCACAUUUUCAGGUAUUUCUAUGUUCCUUUGUCUUGUUUGGUAGUUAAUACUGAAUUUAUCAGUAAAGCUCUUGAAAACUCUCCUGAGCAAUAAAUACGAUGUGAAAGUAUAUGAUGUCAGUUUGUUUACGUAUCUGCUACCACAUUUUGUAGAAACGUGUAAUGGUUCCUCUAUGAAUUCUUGUUCAAUCAAUUUAUGAUGUGUCCAUUAUUGCUCUCCUUUGUAACAGAAAGUAUUUGUUUUUCCUAGAUAUCUGCACAUUGGACAUGCUAAAGCUGCUCUUCUCAAUCAACACUACCAGGUCACCUUUAAAGGGAAACUUAUCAUGAGGUUUGAUGACACCAACCCUGAAAAAGAGAAGGAGGAUUUUGAGAAGGUGUGUUGCUACAGUUUGUACAUAUAUGUGACUCUUUGUGUGAUUUUUGAUGAUAGGUAAGGACGGCUAAUUUCUGAGUAUAGUUUACUUCGUAACAAAUGAUCAGGGUCAAGCACAGCAACUCUUGUGGAUAUCCUGCCUGUUUUGCAUUGCGUUGCUCCUGGAAAUAUCCACACUGAAUACUAUCAUCAGCUUAUUGUGAUAACAUACCGUGGACUGAGUACUAGUCCUGCUUGAUUGCUUGUUGUUUCCAUUACUUAAAGAUUCAUCGUCAACAUUCUAAAAUUCCAGUCUUUUUGCAGCUGUAAAAUAUUUCAGUGGUAGAUGUUGUAGUGUGAAAUUUUAUAUAAAGGUCAUUUUUAAUAAGGCCUUACUGCCAUAAAGUAGAUGCGCCCAGUCUCAUUUCUGAAAGUGUAUAAUAACUGCAGUGAUUCGUAAAAUAUGACUGCUCCCAUGGUCGGCACCUUUCCCAAUAGUAAAGCACAGCUAUGCUUUCUUACAGUGCAUCAAUCUUGUAUGGCAACUAUUGGUUUAUAGAGCAGUUACAGUUCUGUGAUGACUGGAGAUUAUUUUAAUUACAGCAGGGCAGAGGAUUUGGGGAUAAAAUCACAUCUCCUAGAGACUGAAAUGAAAUGCUCCUGAUUGGAGUGUCUCAUUCUGGUUUAGUUAGGAUGUGACUGCAGUUUUAUGCAGACCCACUAUGCAGAAGGGACACUGUAAACAGUAUGUGACUUUUAUUUACUUUUUUUUUCUUUUUUUUUACUAGGAGUAUUCUAUUAAAAUGAAUGUAAUGUUGUUGUUUUUUUUAGGAACACUAAGCCUUUAAAUAUAUAUAGAGUGAGGUUCACAUAUUAUCCAUUAUUGCUUUCUAUGUUCCGAACUCCCGUUUUGUGACUAUCACAGUAGUUUGAGAUGAAGACUGUUACUUUGUUGGCAUUGGAAUAUUAAGGUAUGAGUAUACUCAUAAAAACAAUUUAAGGUUGCAUUCUUUUAGCAAGGGGCAGAAUGGUGAAAAGGGAUGGGGGGGGGGGAGAGAAACUAAAUUAGGAGACCUCCUUUGUUAUCAGGAAAGUGAUUAUGGUUCAGAAUACCUUUCAAAAGGCAAUUGGAAGGGGCACAGAGUCCCCAAUCAAACUGUUCAUUUUCUUGAUGCUCUUUUGAUGCUACUUUACCUUUAGAAGUGCAAUAAGCUGUGGUAUGGUGUUGCCACAUUAACCCCUUAAGGACACAUGCCAUGUGUGACAUGUCACGAUUCCCUUUUAUUCCAGAAGUUUGGUCCUUAAGGGGUUAAAGGCUUUUUUUUUUCUUUGAUUCUGGAAUAGUUGGUUUGUAAUAUAUAUUUUAUGACAUAUUUUCAUUGUACUCUACAGGUUAUUUUAGAAGAUGUUUCCAUGCUCCAGAUCAAGCCAGACCAGUUCACAUACACCUCUGAUCACUUUGAAACCAUAACAAAAUACGCAGAAAAACUUAUUCAGGAAGGAAAGGCAUACGUGGAUGACACCCCCGCUGAACAAAUGAAAUCUGAACGAGAGCAGAGGCUAGAAUCCAAACACAGAAAUAACUGUAGGUUUAUUUAAUGUGACAUUAAUGGCCGCCUUCUUUUCUUUGCCUAGGUACACUAAUUGAAAUAGUCAAUACACUAUAAUCGGAUUUUUACUGUGUGAACAAUUGAAGAAUCGCUGUUUAAUCCAAGAGGUGAAGGCGUUGAAAAUUAAGGCCAAUUAGCAGUUUUAUUGGGAGAGGUUGUAGUCUAGAAAACAAUAGUGUUGUCAAUGUUGAAAUGUCUUUGAAGUUCUCAUAUACUCAGACGAUAUGCACUGGACAAUUUAUUAUUUAUCUAUUUUUACCCUUUUUCUCAUGUAAGACCUGAUUAUUACCAAAAUGUGGCACAUGUAUUGAUGGGAACAUGUCUGUAGAUGCCUCUGAUAUCUUAUUACACUAUGUACAUAAAAAUGAAUAUGGAAAAGCUUUUCUGAUCAUCCAUAUUCACCUGUUUAUAUUGUUGCUAUUGCACAAGAGUACAAGUUUCACAUGGUUUCGCCUGCCAGAAACUAAAGAAAAUGGCGGUGGCUAAGAUGAUGAUUGAGUCACCAUCUGAGUGUCCCUCAUCUUGGCAAAACCAUACAAAUAGACAUGUGGUCUUGGGGGAGUAAAUGCCAUGCAAUCUCUCAUAUUGGCAUUGGAAAAGGUUCUAAUAGCCAUCCUGAAUUAAUGAAGCUUUGUUUUGAAACUAAUAGAAUCCAUUUCUCUGUAGCUGUAGAGAAGAACCAGCAUAUGUGGGAAGAAAUGAAGAAAGGUUCGGAGUUUGGUCAGACUUGCUGUUUACGAGCCAAAAUUGACAUGAACUCCAACAACGGCUGCAUGCGAGACCCCACGCUAUUCCGCUGCAAGACCCAGCCGCACCCAAGGACUGGGAGCAAGUACAAGUACGUUAAACAUAUAUAUGUAUAUCAUAUACCCAACAUAUAUCGAAGUGUACAUUCACUGCACUCCAAGUACCAUUUAAAGGGCACGUUACUCUCCUGCACAUGCAUCUUCUGUACAAAAUACACCAAUAUUUCAACUGUCCAGUAAAUGGGUAGGGCUUAAAAAAAAUAAAAUCAUAUGGCGGUGUCAGAGAUGUUGAGGUAGAGUGGCAAAUAGGAAAAGGCAGAUAGCAGAGACGCUUUCUAUAACUUUUAUAAAAUGUAACUUUAUUUUUAUUUUUUUGUCUUGAUUUGGUGAUCUUAAAAAUUCAGAUCUUCAGAAAGACAUUCCUUUGCAUCCAGGAGUAAUUUCUGUGAAUGUCUGCUAAACAUUAGAAAUAUAUGACUUGGAUUAGAAAAAGGGUAUGUCUGAUUUGUUUAAUAAAACACAAAGGGAAAACUUUUUAUUUUUUAUUUUUUUAUUUUGAAGAAAAAAAAAAAAGCUAGACAAGAAGUCAUAACCUAAAGAUAGGAGGUAAAAAGUUUGACAUUGUCAGGAAUAACUUUUUCUUUUUUCUAUUUAAAAAAAUAAAAUAAAAAAUUAAUUUGUAGAUCAGUUGUAUUGGCGAGCUAUGCAGUAAUGGUAUGGGAGACUAAAUUCAAUGAAAGACCAUAGAAAGCUUACAUAUAGAUUGGCGGGAAUCCUUUUAUCCUCUGUUAAAAUCUGUGUAGCUGAACAAUAUUAUAUUUGCUACAUUUUACUAAAUGCUUUUUGGGGUAUACUAUUUAUUGGAUGAAAUUUCAUAGCAUGUUAUUGUUGACUUUUUGCUCCUGUAUUGUAAUCUUUCAGUAUAUAUCCCACGUACGACUUUGCGUGCCCCAUUGUAGACAGCGUAGAGGGCGUAACACAUGCUUUGAGAACCACAGAGUACCAUGAUCGAGAUGAACAGUUUUACUGGAUCAUUGAUGCGUUGGGAAUCAGAAAGCCAUACAUCUGGGAAUACGCCCGGUUGAACCUUAAUAACACUGUCCUGUCAAAACGGAGGCUUACAUGGUUCGUCAAUGAAGGUCUUGUGGAUGGAUGGUAAGUUGGAGUCAUCUUGAAGUACUCCAGAUUUUAAGCUAUCUAUAGAUGUUAAAAUGGAUAAACCUGUGAAUAAUCUCUUAUCUUUUUGAAUGGACAUUCCAAGGUCCUAGGAAACUUAGUGUCAGCCCUUUCAUUUUCCCUUUCCUUAUUCCUUUUUUCCAUUCCAUUUUCCUUUUCCUUAUUCCUUUUUCCAUUCCAUUUUCCCUUUCCUUAUUCCUUUUUCACUUUCCUUAUUCUUUUUUUGCCUUUUCUUAUUCUUUUUUUGCCUUUUCUUAUUCCUUUUUCCAUUCUGUUUUCCCUUUCUCUAUUCUUUUUUUUCACUUUUCUUAUUCUUGAAAUGAUUUGACAAAAACAAACAUCCCAGAGAAUACUAAUCAUUAGAAUUUUCCACUUUGAAAAAUCCACUUAUUCAUAGAAACCUAGAAUGUGACGGCAGAUAAGAACCAUUCGGCUCAUCUAGUCUGCCCAAUUUUCUAAAUACUUUCAUUAGUCCCUGGCCUUUUCUUAUAGUUAGGAUAGCCUUUUGCCUAUCCCACGCAUGUUUAAACUCUUUUAUUGUGUUAACCUCUACCACUUCAGCUGGAAGGCUAUUCCAUGCAUCCACUACCCUCUCAUUAAAGUAAUACUUCCUGAUAUUAUUUUGAAACCUUUGCCCCUCUAAUUUAAGACUGUCCUCUUGUUGUGGUAGUUUUUCUUCUUUUAAAUAGUCUCCUCCUUUACUGUGUUGAUUCCCUUUAUGUAUUUAAAUGUAUCAUCAUCAUAUGCCCCCGUCUCGUCUUUCCUCCAAGCUAUACAUGUUAAGAUCCUUUAACCUUUCCUGGUAAGUUUUUUGUCCUGCAAUUCAUGAACCAGUUUAGCAGCCCUUCUCUGAACUCUCUCUAAGGUAUCAAUAUCCUUCUGAAGAUACGGUCUCCAGUACUGUGUACAAUACUCCAAGUGAGGUCUCACCAGUGGUCUGUACAAUGGCAUGAGCACCUCCCUCUUUCUACUGCUAAUACCUCUCCCUAUACAACCAAGCAUUCUGCUAGCAUUUCCUGCUGCUCUAUUACAUUGUCUGCCUACCUUUAAGUCAUUAGAAACAACCAAGCAUUCUGCUAGCAUUUCCUGCUGCUCUAUUACAUUGUCUGCCUACCUUUAAGUCAUCAGAAAUAAUCACCCCUAAAUCCCUUUCCUCAUAUGUUGAGGUUAGGUCUCUAUCAAAUAUUCUGUACUCUGCCCUUGGGUUUUUACGUCCAAGAUGCAUUACCUUGCACUUAUCCACAUUAAAUGUCAGUUGCCACAAUUCUGACCAUUUUUCUAGUUUACCUAAAUCAUUUGGCUUAUCCCUCCUGGAACAUCAACCCUGUUACAUCUUAGUAUCAUCAGCAAAAAUACAUACCUUACCAUCAAGACCUUCUGGAAUAUCACUAAUAAAAAUAUUAAAGAGAAUGGGUGCAGAUCCCUGAUGUACCCCACUGGUGACAAGUCCAAGCUUCGAAUAUAUUCCAUUGGCUACAACCCUCUGUUGCCUGUCACUCAGCCACUGCCUUACCCAUUCAACAAUAUUGGAAUCCAAACGAUUGCAGUUUAUUGAUAAGCCUUCUAUGUGCAACAGUGUCAAAAGCCUUACUGAAAUCUAGGUAAGCAAAUGUCUACUGCACCACCCUGAUCUAUAAUUUUAGUUACCCAAUCAAAAAAAUCAAUAAUAUUAGUGUGGCAUGAUCUUCCUGAAGUAAACACAUGUUGUCUCUGAUCUUGAAAUCCAUGUGUUUUUAGAUGUUCAACAAUCCUAUCCUUUAACAUGGUUUCCAUCACUUUCCCCACUACUGAAGUAAGGCUUACUGGCCUAUAGUUGCCCGACUCCUCCCUAUUACCUUUCUUGUGAAUGGACACAACAUUCGCUAACUUCCAAUCUUCUGGAUCUACUCCUGUUAACAAUAAUUUGUUAAAUAAAUCUGUUAAUGGUUUUGCUAGUACACCACUAAGCUCUUUUAAUAGCUUUGGGUGUAUUCCAUCAGGUCCCAUUGACUUAUUUGUCUUUACUUUUGACAGUUGAAAUAGAACCUCUUCCUCUGUAAACUCACAUGUAAUAUAUGACUCAUUUAUCCUUUUUCUUAACUGAGGUACCUUUCCUUCAUUUUCAUCUGUAAAUACAGAACAAAAAUAUUCAUUGAGGCAGUCAGCUAGACCUUUAUCCUCUUCUACAUACCUUCCUUCUUUUGUUUUUAAUCUAACUAAUCCUUGUUUUACUUUUCUUUUCUCAUUUAUGUAUCUAAAAAAGUUUUGUCCCCUUUUUUUUACUGACUGUGCUAUUUUCUCUUCUGUGUGUGAUUUGGAAGCUCUUAUAACUUGCUUAGCCUCUUUCUGCCUAAUCUUAUAGAUCAUUCUGUCUUCCUCACUGUUUUUUUUUUUAAAUUACUAAAUGCUAACUUUUUGUUUUUAACUAUUUUGGCCACAUCUACGGAGUACCACAGUGCUUUCUUGAAUUUUUUUGCUUUUACUGACAAGCCUAAUGCAAUUUUCUGUUGCCUUCAGUAGUGCAACUUUUAAAUAAUCCCAUUUAUCUUGGACUCCAUUUAAAUUGCUCCAGUCUGAUAAUGACUCCUCUACACAUAUUCUAAUUUUAGAAAAGUCUGUUUUUCUAAAAAGUCUAAAACUUUUGUUUUUGAGUGGUGUGACUCAGUCACUGUUCUUAUAUUAAACCACAAUGACUGAUUAUCACUGGUUCCUAAACUUUCACCUAUAGUAAUAUCUGAUACCAAAUCUCCAUUUGUUAAUACUAAAUCUAGUAUGGCCUCUUUACGAGUUGGCUCCUCAACAACUUGUUUUAGAGACAAUCCCCGUAGGGAGUUUAGAAUAUGUGUGCUCCUGGCACAAGCAGCUAUUUUUGUUGUCCAAUUCACAUCAGGAAGAUUAAAGUCACCCAUGAUAAUAACUUCCCCCUUCAUUGUCAUUUUAGCUAUUUCCUCAACUAGUAGAUUAUCUAACUCUUCAAUUUGUCCUGGUGGCCUAUAAAUCACACCUGCACGAGUUACUGUGUGAUUACCAAAUUCUAACGUAACCCAAACGGACUCUGUUUGCCUCACUAACUUUUAUUAGGCUAGAUUUUAUGCUAUCCUUCACAUACAGGGCCACUCCUCCCCAUUUCUUGCCUUCCCUAUCUUUUCUACAUAAAGAGUACCUUGGUAUUGCUAUGUCCCAGUCAUUUUUCUCAUUAUACCAUGUCUCAGUAACAGCAACUAAAUCUACAUUAUCAGUUGCCAUCAUUGCCACAAGUUCAUGGAUCUUAUUCCCUAAACUGCGAGCAUUUGUAGACAUGACUCUAAGCUUAUCAUUUUUUAACACACUUGCUACAGGCACCUUCUGUCCUUGUUUUAGGGGACAAUUGGAUUGAUGUUUUAUCACCCUUUUGCCCCCCCCUCCUAGUUUAAAUACAUCCUAGCAAAACCUCUGAACUGCUCACUGAGAACAUUUGUUCCCUUUUGAGAAAGAUGCAAACCAUCUUUUUUGUACAGCUUGUCUCCAUUCCAAACAGAGCUACCAUGAGAAAUAAAGCCAAAUCCUUGCUCCCGACACCAUUCACCAAGCCACAAGUUAAAGUCCCUAAUACGCAUCCGCCUGUCGUUCUGAGUGUUAUGCACAGGCAGAACUUCAGAGAGUGACAGUGUGGAAGCAACUUGCCGUAUAUCAUUGGCAAAAACACUAAAAACUUCCUUAACCUCUGAAACCUCAUUGCAAGUCAAGUCAUUUGUCCCUAGAUGGACAAGUACAUCCAAUUCCCCUUCUUGCUUUGCUCACUUAACAAUAUUACAGAAACAUCUCCAGUAGCUUCGGGAAGACAUCUCACAAGACCACCAUUGUCCAUCUCCACACCUCUUAUGAUGGAAUCCCCCAACAACUGCUUUCUAUUAGGCCUCACCAUAGUCUCCAAGCCUGUCUCCACAACACCACUAGCCUCCGUGCCUGAGCCUGUCUCCACAACACCACUAGCCUCCGUGCCUGAGCCUGUCUCCACAACACCACUAGCCUCCGUGCCUGAGCCUGUCUCCACAACACCACUAGCCUCCGUGCCUGAGCCUGUCUCCACAACACCACUAGCCUCCGUGCCUGAGCCUGUCUCCACAACACCACUAGCCUCCGUGCCUGAGCCUGUCUCCACAACACCACUAGCCUCAGUGCCUGAGCCUGUCUCCACAACACCACUAGCCUCAGUGCCUGAGCCUGUCUCCACAACACCACUAGCCUCAGUGCCUGAGCCUGUCUCCACAACACCACUAGCCUCAGUGCCUGAGCCUGUCUCCACAACACCACUAGCCUCAGUGCCUGAGCCUGUCUCCACAACACCACUAGCCUCAGUGCCUGAGCCUGUCUCCACAACACCACUAGCCUCAGUGCCUGAGCCUGUGUCCACAACACCAUUUCAAUCUGAAAGUGCAGAACAUGAAUUAUGUAGAGCAACAGACUGUGCAAUAUGCCUUUUAUCCACAUCUCUAAGUUUACCAGAUCCUACAGUAAUCCAUCUUCCAUUCCUAGUAUGUCUCUGUGGCAGUGUCUUUGCAGCAGUUCCAGUCUGAGUUUGUUUACCAGAUAAUUUACAAAUCUCAGACUUCAAAAAUACAAUCUCCUGCCGCAAAAUAGAGAACUGUCUACAGAUUGGACAACAACCAAACAUCCAAAAAGUGUAACGUGAAAGAAAUGCAUAGCAACAAUUACACUAAACUGUCUGCCAUUCCAAUGAGGAGAAUAAUUUAAAUCAAACAAAUCUUAACUUUUUAUUUAUCCUCCUGAAUACCUCAGAUUACUUCCAGCUUAUCUCCAGAAUAUCUCCAACUACACACUUAGAAGCAACACUCUCCAGAAUAUCUCCAACCACACACUUAGAAGCAACACUUAGAUGAAACAACUAAGCUAUGUAAGCCAAGCUAAUGACAACAGCCCUUAUAUAACUCCUAAAAUCACCACCCACUAGGAAUGUUUAACACCUGGGUAUGCCUCUACUUAUUUGCAAACAAUAGCUAAUUUAAACAGCAAUCAAUAAUUGUUAGUCAUUAUUAUUUACCUUUAUAAAAGGGAAGGCAUUUAACAAUAAAAAGUUAAAAAAAAAAAAUUUUUUUUGUAUGUCAGGUUAAUAUCUUGUUUUUUCACAUGCACGAACGCGCUGGAUCUUGUGCAUUAUAUAUAUAUAUAUAAUUUUUUUUUUUCCCUUCUCUUUUCCUCACAGGGAUGACCCCAGAUUCCCAACUGUACGUGGAGUUCUUAGAAGAGGAAUGACUGUAGACGGACUCAAGCAAUUUAUUGCUGCACAGGUAAGUAUUUCUGAAUGGGGAAACAAUUCGAAUUUAAUUGGAAUCUUUCAUCACGCAUUUAAAAGCCCAGUAGAGAACUCAUUUGGCUAGUCUUCCUAUCAAUGUCCAGUGAGCUUUUUUUAUAUUUCUGAGGUUUUAAAUACCAUUCAGCUAGAUAAUAGCCUCUACACAUUAGGAGAUACUUGAUCAUUAAAGAAAAGCUCACUAUAUGUUUAUAAUAAUCCCAUAAGUUUUAACAUUUAACAUAGCUAAAGUAUACAGAAUUUUUUGGAUCCAAUGAUUGUUGGUGUCUCCUAUAAACUGAUUCUUUCAUAAAAAAUUAUACAAAAUUCUGUAGUCUUCAGUUUACUAAAUUAUAUGCAUAUUCAUUGAAAAUGCCUUCAUAAAUUCCAUUUUAGUGCACGUAGCGGUAGUAGGCUGCAUGCAUCGUCCCUUUGGUUUCAACACUGUUUUUCUAGUUAGACACGAAAAUCAGGGACUGCGCCAAAAGCAUGCUAGUGCUACAGCCAUGUAGACGUUCACUGCUCUUUUUGUUGCCGGGGUUUCAAAGAUCUAGAAACAAAAUUAUUGAGAGAGCGGCUGGAUAUGUCCACCUGCUUGUAUCUUACUCCUGCACUUGUCACAGACUAUUGUCUUACGAAUGUUGUGCUAUUAAUUGUGACAUAGUGUAUCUAGAUUAUUAUUAUUAUCACCAUUUAUAUAACGCCAACAGGUUCUGUAGCAGUUUACAAUAUUAUUAGGGGGGGGAUUUAACUAUAAAAAGGACAAUUACAAGAAAACUUUCAGAAAUGGUAGGUUGAAGAGAGCCUUGCUCAAACGAGCUUACAGUCUAUAGGAGGUGGGGUAUAAAACACAUUAGGACACAUUCUUAUUAACCAAUCCUCUGUUACUUUUAUUGUAGGGCUCUUCAAGGUCGGUUGUGAACAUGGAAUGGGACAAGAUUUGGUCUUUUAACAAGAAGGUAUGUACCUACACAGAUGUAGUAACACAAAUUGUAAACCACUCGUUUAUAUCCGGCCUUUAAUGCACUUUAUAACAGCACACCAUAGAUCCCCGGCGGUAACAUUAGUAGUAUUAUUGUAAAUGUUUUCUCAUUUUCUCGUUCAUUCUGAGUAUUCUCACAAACUCACUAACUUACAUAAACAAUUGUUGACUUGUGGGACGGAACUUGCCAUAACUUUGAUCUGAAAACUCUGCAUUUCAUUUUUAUGCUUUCAAGCUGCGAGCUAUCUGUAAGAAGGUAUCAAUUACUCAGUGCUUUUUUUUUUAUUAUUAUUAUUUUUUUUUAAAGUGAUAUUUUUAUUUUGUCUUUGGCAUAUAGCUUAAAGUUCAGUAAGCACACAUUGCUUACUCCAUUAUUUUGCAGCUUAAAACACAAUCACAUUGCUUUAACUCCUAAGCAUAUAUUUACGGUACAUCACUGGUACAUCACUCUUUCAUAAUUCUGUUCUGUGACCAACAAAGGUGCAUUCACUGUUAUAUUAAAUCUUAGAUUAUACAAGGUGCAGACAUCAUUUAGCUCUCCAGCUGCUUGUAACCCCAAUACAUGGAUUCUUCGAGGAAAUCUUGGGAAUUAUUCCCCAACAUUUUUAUUUUUUUUUUAUGAAGGGACAUAAUUAAGAAAAACAUUUUUUUUAAUUUUUUUUAUUUAUUUAAUUCUGUCUUUCAUAAUUAGUUGAGAACAAAAUCCAUUUUGGCCCAUCUAGUUCUAUACUAUAUAAAUUGUAUAUAUUUGUUUCGUACUUUGUGUUCAGCAGUAAUUAAACCAAAAGUAGUACACUGCCCUCUUACGUUCUAUUGUGAGUAAGAUACGGCAACACUGCUUUAUAUUGUAAAUAACUGAUUUUGAACUUGUAAUAUGACACAAUAUACGUCGAUAUGAUGUAACACUAGUAUAUACAUGCAGCUUUUCAUCAUUUCUCUCUGUGCAGUCUGUGCUCAAUCUUCCCUUGAGCAGGUGCAAUGAUAUGCAAUGCACAUUGAAAAAGGUCAGGUAAGACUAAAACUCGUUGAUUGUUGAAUUGUCUACUAUUUACCUAGGAUUUUGUUGAUCAGAAAUGAGUAUAAGAUGCUUUUUCACAAAUUUGCUGAGGUAUUGCUCCCAUAUUUGAUUUACCUGCGUGUCUGUUUUACCUAGAAGACUGCACACAGAGAGAUAGCCAGAAACUACAUGUUCAUACCUUUGUCAUCAUAAAAUUAUGUGGCUACAAAGUAAAUGUGGCUCGCAGUGUCUAACUCGCAUUAUAAUGUAAGAGGACAGUUUAAAAUCUAGCUGUAGAGCUUGCCCACUUGUUUUGAAAUCUAGCUGUAGGGCAGACCAACUGUAAAAUCUGUUGUAUUUUCUUUUCUUUCUUAAUUACUUUUUGUGCACUAUAUCAUUAAGAUUUGCAGAAGUAUUAUGAACAUUUCACAGUGGAUUCAAGAAAGAAAUUCUCCAGCACUUGAAAUAUUGUAAGUUUUCAUUUUUAUUUAGUGCAUUGCAGAAAUCACUCAAAUGGCAAUGCUUUGACUAAUUGAGUAGUUUUUAUCAAGCCUUACAUCACUCAUUAGUGCUUAUCAAUAAAUUGUGAAUAAUCAGGAAGUGGUCAUGACAAGGGUCAAAUUCCAAAAAUACAUUACAUAACAAACGCAUAACAAUAUGUCAAAUAAGAAAAUCACGUGACUGUAUAUAUCACAUGAUACAUCACAUGAUAAAAAUUUAGAGGUCACAUAUUAAAGAGAGAUCAGUCCACAUUUGAUACUAUUAUCCAUGGAGAAAACCAAUAAAGUCUGUGGAGUGUUUUUGGUUACCACUUCCUGUUUAUGCACUGUAAUGGCACCCCCAGCCAUAAAAGGGGUAAACCGCCAUUUAGAAGAUCUUCCCUUCCAGAGACACAGGCACAGCUACUGUAGACACCAAUACACUGAACCAGAGAAGCAUUUGAAUGCUCUCAAACAUACGAAUGCUGUAGACAGCCGAAUAGGAAAAACCAUACGAAUAGGUUUACACUCCUAGCAGUCAAACUGGAACAGCAUACAAUAAAUCCCCCCCCCCCCAAGAACGAGACAAGGCUCCGUUUUGAGGGUCAAGCAGGAACAGACAGAGCUGUGGGUUUAUUGUUCUUAUAUACACAUUAGUACCACCCACAGGGUUUUGGAAAACAACCAAUAAACACAUACAAUACACUCAGACACUCCCACACAAUCCUCCCCUCUGCCUGUGAUACAAUUACCUUACACAAUGGGUAAUGUAAUUAUCACCGGCAGAGAAAUACAGUUUUUCCACAUUAUUCAUAAUUUUAAAAGUAUGCAUCACAUUCAUUUUAAGAAUCAGCAUACUCCAAAUACGAACAUAUGUCAAAAUCAUCCACAUUGGUUCAAAGGAUAGAUCGAAGUCCUUUGUGACCAAAGGAAGCAUGGCUUUUCUGCCCAAAACCAGUUCCACAGAGUCUUCUAUCCUGGAGAUAAUUGGGAAGUAAUCCAAUUAUCUCCAAGGACAGAGGCAAAACUCCAUUAAGCACAUGGUAGUAAAAAGACAGCAAAAUACAUAAAAAUACACAAGGUUACAUUUAUUACAUAAAAUACAGACAUGCAACAUAUCCCCAGAUAGCUUAGGUCUGAGCGCACAUUAUUACUGAUUGGCUCUCAAACCACACACAUACAGUUCAAUUGCCAUGAAGCCAAAGUCUUUUAUUACACGAAUAGGCUCCAUGGCAUAGCUAUCUGGGUUAAAUGAGUUCGUUCAGUAAAUCCGAGAAUCUACGGAACGCCAGAGCAGAAAUACAUGAAUAGACCUUUCUGCAUAGGAAUAUAAAGUAUUUAAAUGCCGGUCCAUAGUCAAAAGGCAGAAGGCAGGCAACCAGGCUCCUCCAAUGCACAGUGGCGAGAUUGGUCUCGUCACAUGCACUAUGUAUUAAUAUGUACAAAUUAGUGAUGUUAGGCUUGAUAAAGACUACUGUAUUAGUCAAAAUGUUGCCAAUUGUGUGCUUUCUGCAAUUCACUAAAUAUAACAAAACUGCACAAUAUUUGUAUAGUGCUGUUCUAUUUCUUCUUUGAAUUCAGUUACUGGCACGGCUACAACGGAGAUCUUUGCAUUUCCCUGUUCCCGUGUCAUCCAUUUUUCACUGUAUUUGGACAUAUAACAGUGAAUGCACCUUCAGUCUUACAUUGUCUUACAGAAUUUGUUUCCAAACUGUACAAAGCCAUUGGAUCUUCUUUGGACCUGUGGCACAUGUUAAACUAGUUUAGUUGGCACUGGUUCCUGCACUAUAAAACAUGUAUUAGAAUGCAAAUGAGAAAAUAAUAAAUGGGCCAGAGAUUUGUGAUUGUGUUCAUCCCAGGGGCUGGCUUGCAUUAUCUUGUAUUUACAAUAUUAAAAUGGGUUCUAGGAAGUUUUCAUAUUUCUAUUGCAAGUACUGAGAGAAGUGGGGAGUUUGUUUGCCUGUUCUGGGUAAGUGAGCAUUUUAGAUAAAGUUAUAAUCUGUGCAAUAUAUUGGAUAAAGGACGUGUGCGUUACGUGAUCUUUGAAGACCUUAUAUAUCACUUUAUGAAUCUGCACAUUAUCAGAUGGGCUUCCAAAACUGUUUGUCAGCAGUUCCAGAUCUUGUGCUAGACAGAAUGUCUCCUUUUAAUAUUCUGCUAGCUCUUAAUUCUAAUUGCCAGCCAGCCCCUGGGUCUGUCAUUCUCUUGCAUACAGUUUUCUGCCUGUUCUUAAUUUUGGGAUGCAUUCUUCAUCAUUAUAGACUCUGCUUGUCUGGUAUGUUGGUCCACUUAUUGUGUUUUUUUAGUUUUUUUUUAGUUUUUUUUUUUUGUUUACUUGCUAGAACACUAACUGGUCUUGUAUCUUGCUGCAUGCUCUAAAAAGAAUGAUUGUGAUGAAACUCCUCCCCAAAGAGAAUCCUGCACGCAGUCUAUGCACAAAAUACAAACUUAAAUUAUUGUUGUUAAAAUGCUAAUGUUGCUCAAGACAGACCUGUUGGUGUGGGCAGCAUGAAUAGCUUAGUACCAAGGUUCCAAGUGGGUAACUUCAUUCUGUAUCUUGUCACUGAGGCCCUAUCUAGAUUACAAUGAUUCAUAUUAGGACCAAUAUUUUAAAUGUUAACCACCAUGGUCAAGUAUAAUUACUUGUAAACAUAGAAAUGCAGUGGGCCACGAUUUACGUUUAUAACUGGUGCCUAAUUGCAGCGCUCUGAUAGGUUCACGAGGCAUACAAACAAGUUCAGUUCACAAGUUUAAUUUAAACAAGCUUACAAUCUCUAAAGUUAUUUAUUUACUUAUUUAUUUUUAUCAUAAGAGCAGAAUGAAGUUUGAUCUUCAUUUUUUCCCCCCUGUUUUAUUUUUUCUUCUUUUAGAAAAGGUGGGAGCUCUGUUUUUAAAUGCAGAGUGGUCAGAUCAUGUUUCUCAGGUUAUCCUGAUUUGUUAUACUCCGGCCCCAGUAAUUAUUGGUCACAAAAACUGGAGCAUUUGAACAAGACUCCGCAGUGGGGGGUGGGGUUACAAAAUAGUCUAGGUUGAAAAAAGACUCAAGCCCAUCAAAUUUAGCCUUGAAUCUCAUUCAUUUAUGCUGUAGAUUGAAAAAUGAUACCGCAAAAAGGGGAAAAGAAUCCUUUUUGAGUCCAUACUGGCAAUCUGAUUUAUCCCCAGUUCAACAACCUGUCCACAUACAUACAAAACUCAAGUGGUCCUUCUUUAAUUUUUUUUUUUUUUUUUUUAAUUAUUUGUUUUAGAUUGCGCUUUUUAUCACAUGGGGUAAUUUCUUACUGAAAUGAACAUUAGUGUUGGUGACACCUCACUUUGUUCUUAAAUUUCACACUAUGAAUACAUUAAAAGUUUGGUGGGUGCUCUAUAUUUGUAAACAAGCAAAACGAUUAGAUUGUGCAUCUAUACAGGCGGAAAUGCAAUUUUUUCUUUUUUAUACUUUGAUGAAAUUAUGAAUUAUUAACCGAUGUAGGCAGAUACAGUGUUUCCUUAACACAUCACUGUCAUUGAAUUUUUCAUAAAAAUAUAAUAUUUCUGUAAUGCUCACAUAGAUUGUGCUGGAUUUUCUUUCCUGAAAUUUCAGUGUAUUCUAAAACUGUCAGAAUACAAAUUAGAGGUUACUUUGAAUUACGAACGACUAGAAUUUGUCAAAAGCUGGCUUUUCAUACUGUUUCCGCCGGCCACAUCUUACCUUCUCCCAGCACUUACCUGGCAACAGUUAAUGAAAGCAGGCUUCUCCUUGUGAGAUGCACAGUCGAAAGGCAGUAGAUACCGGGGGCAUCUUGUUGAACAUGCUUGAGAACAUCGUUAGAGGUUUUUGUUGCUUCCUGUUUUGUGCUCUCUGCUCAUGGUGGAAUCAGCAGCUAAGAGCUGACCUUGAAGAAGGAAGCUGUGAGUAGGUAAUUAUAUCCCUUUUUUUUUUUUAAAACCUUCUUUCCCACCGGGUAGCACCAUAAACGUAGACGUCACAAAAAAAAAGCCGAAACCCCGCUAGUUUCUUUCCUGUUUUAAAAAGCCCGGUAUAGACUGGAUAGUUAGGUUGGUGGGAAUCUAAUCAUGUGAAACAGAUCCUGGCCUCUUUUGUGCACCUACUGCCUGAACGAAGUGCAGAUCACAUGGAGCAAGAUACAAAAGACCAGUUCCUGUCAAGUUAUUGUAGGGAUCCUGUUUAUCUGCUUAACAUGUUAAUGUUGUUUCCCCUGGCAGGUCAUUGAUCCUGUAGCGCCAAGAUACACUGCCUUGCUGAAGAGUGAAGUUGUACCAGUGAACAUCCCAGAAGCUAAGGAAGGAAAGACCGAAGUAGCCAAACAUCCCAAGGUCUUUAUUGGUUUGAGUUUAAUUAUUGUGUUGUGACCAUCUUUAUGAACAUCUGAUUUUCUAUUAUGUUAAUAUAGCACCAAUGUUAUCCCAAUCAAUGUGAGCCUCUCAAUUCUUUUGUGCACAUGGUGUGUGCAACAAAAUUGCUUUUUAUUGUUAUCCUAUUUCAAUAUGUGCAGUUAAUGAAUUAUGUAAGGGUAGUAGAAUAGGGAAAUGUUUUAAGUGAAGAUGUAGUUAAUUCUGUCCGUGGUAUAAAACAGUGUCUGCCAACACAGUGGGAAGGGUGUUUUCAAUGGAUAAUUAUUUCCAAAUUCUUUCAUUGCAGAAUGCUGAAGUUGGUACAAAGCCUAUAUGGUAUGGCCCGAGAGUUCUGAUUGAGGGAGCUGAUGCAGACACUUUCUCGGAGGGUGAGAUGGUCACCUUCAUUAACUGGGGCAAUAUCAACAUUGUUAAAAUUAACCGGUAAGAAGAGAGCCUUCAUCCUACCUCUGCAAGUGUAUUCUUCUUGUCUGCUGAUUAAUCUCAUCCCGGGCACAAUGAAGAUUUCAUCUUAGUAUAGAUGUUAUGGUGUUUGAAGGUCUCUGGUGCUGUCGUACCUAAAAGGGUUUUACCCCAUACAGUUCUCUACGGCACCAUACUCCUGGCUCCUCUGUCUUCUUCUCCGUCCCCAGUUUGAAUGCAAAAGUCUUUCUAUGGGUGCCAGUGAUUGGCUGAGAAUGACACUCUUGGCCUAUCACUGGACUCCUAUUGAGAAAUGAAAAAUUAUUUGGAAAAGUUUUUACUUUUUUUUUUCCCAUCUCUUUUUAUUUCUCUCUCUCUUUUUUUUAAUAGUAGUGCAAGGGGGGAUACAGAAAUAAAGGGUAUAAGGAAAAAAGGUAUCACAUACCAUCAUAUAUAUGGUUGUAUAGAAGGGAAGAAGUCGGUAUGCAGCACAGAUAGAUCAACCUAGCAUUGAUAGGUUAUCAGGAGGAGGAAAUGCCUUUGGAGAUCAGCCUGGAAAGACAUGCAGAUUUAAAGGCUACCCACUUGGGGUGUGAUAUUAUGGCCGUCUUCAAUUUGCGCCCUUAACUAAGGGGAUAAUGGGGGAGGGGGAUGUCUCUGGUGCGGAAACCCACACCAUGAUAUAAGUGCAACGCCUCAGAUGUUUGAGUGCCGGAUCAUGGACGUACAUGCAUAGGGCUCCGUGUGGGAGUGAAACAGGUAAGUAUGAGCUGUAGGUGAGAGAUUUCAUCUUUAGUGCUGUCAGUAGAUGGGUUCACCGGCCCUGAUUCCCCGGUGCGCGUGUUGGGUUUGAGGUCGGUAGCGUACUUGGGGAUAGGUAAGCCCAAAGACUUAAAGAAGGUGGGAGCUUCUGCAAUCAAGGAGAUCUUGUGUACAGUCCCACUGAGCGUGACUACCAGGAAUCUGGGUGAUCUCCACUCCCCGCUCUCAAGUGGCUGGUGACUGGCUUCAGGGAUCUUCUCCACUGCAACGUGGAUCUGGUGAGGUCCUGGUAGAUUGUGAUGUUCGAUCUCUCAAAGGUGAGAGGCAUUUUGUCUUGGAGCGCAGACAUCACAAAUAUUUUAUCCUGGGAGGUCGAGCAGCGCACGAUCACAUCACGGAUCCUAGUGGAGGCUGCUUUACCGGAUAAAGGUAAGCGAUAGAUCCCAUCUAGGGUAAAUUUAUUUGUAUGCGUCGGUAGUAUUGUUGCUACUAGUUGCCUCAUGUAGUGUGUGAGCUUGUCGGGUGUGAUGGUGUCUGGCACCCCUCUAAACUUGAGGUGAUUGCGCCGGGACAUUUCAUCCAGCGAUAUGUAAUGGAGUGAGAGUGCUUGUUGUUGGGCCUGUAUAUGCAUUACAUAGUCGUGUAGGGAUGCCAUUCCCUGAUUGAUGUCUGCUAUAUCUUCCUCUGAAGUCUUCACCCUGUCUGUGACUGCUUGCACAUCUGCCUUGAGAAGUGCCACGUCAGCUGCAGGGUAAUCUUCCGCCACCCGUUCGAGGCCACGCAACAGUUCCGACCAAUCUAGGCUUGGUGUGGGUCUGUAGGCCCCAGGUCGGCGUUUCUGUUUUUUCGUCUUAGCGGGCUGUACAAAUGGCAUAUGUUGCUGCUGUGUGGUACACUCCAUAUAACGGUAGCCUGGUGUAGGGUGUUUGAGGAUCUCGGACUUCAUAAAUCGGCUGUACACACGUCGUGGUACAAAAUGGCGACUGCUCCGGAUUGCGGUGAAGCUCCUCCCCCCAAGUUUUGCUUUUCUAAAACAUUUUGUCAACAGGCGGCCAGCCUACGGUCUCAGAUUGUCACUGGCAUGCAUCCUGACGUUGAAAUUGGUGGCCAGAGGGAGAGGCAGAGUUGCUAAAAUUGGUGUUGUUGAGAGCUCUUUGGGAUUAUACCGUUUGUAAAUGGUUUAACCUACUAAGGUAUGGUGCUUAGGACCUCCAGACACCAUAACAACAUAUUUCAUAUGAAGUCAUUAUGGUGUCCUUAGUGCUCUCUGAUCUCAGUCUUUAUUAUAACAUAUUGCUUCUGCCCCACUGAUACAGGGACUCAAGUGGGAAAAUCCUAUCCCUUGAUGCCAAAUUGAAUUUAGAAAACAAGGAUUACAAGAAAACCACAAAGAUCACGUGGCUCACUGAGACGUCUCAGGCUCCUUUCAUCCCAACUACCUGUGUGACCUACGAACAUCUUAUUACCAAACCAGUGCUGGGGAAAGAGGAGGACUUUAAACAGUAUGUCAACAGAAACAGCAAGGUAACUCUCGAACAAGAUCCCUGGUUUUUGUUUUUUUGUUUUGUUUUACUGUUCUUGUGGUCCAUAACCCUUCUGUCAAAUAAUUAGGUGGGUGCUAACUUUAUUUUUACAAUUUGUUAUAUUGAAUUGUGUUUAUAGGAAUGAGACAACAAUAAUUUUUUUCAUCUAAAGGAUAUUUUAGUUAAACUGUUUCUAUGUUCGUAUUGUACAUACCUUAGCAGCCUCCCUCUCACUUUCUUUGGGCUACACCAGAGUAAUUUUUGAGUUGCAUGACAUAGGACUUGAAUGAGUGCUAAUUUACACAAAGAGCAGAAGUAGUAGGGGUCAAUAUGGAUGGAACAAUUAAGAAAUAAAGUUUCUGGUAAUCAUUAUUUUUAAGAGGCACCAUAAUCACUGCAUCCGCAGUGUUCGGGUGCAGAAAGUCUUUGGACCCCAUUUCCCUUGUUAGUGUGAAAGCAGUUUUGAGGUUUGACAAAUAGUCUAGUCUUCCUAAGCCCAGCCUCUCUGCUGCAUUAGCCAUCCAACGUUGGAUGGUUUUACAGGCUGAGAGCACUGGAUUAACAUGCCCCCACUGUGCUUAGCGUAUCAUUGCCUACCAGAGUUGGACAGCUAGUGGGGAUGGAGGUAGGCCUAAAGUGACUGAAGAGUCCUGACAUCUUUUUUUUUUUUUUGGUCAAGCUAACACAAAAGUGGUUAUGGUGCUUAGCCCAGGCUACUUUAAUGUAUUUUUUUCCCUCAAAAAUUUAAUCAGGUUUAGCACAAUCCAAAUACUGGAAAUCUUUUAAAACAUCACCUUCCACCAAACAGCUACUGUUGUGUUUCAACAGAUACCAAGCAUUGUCUUAGGGUAAAAUGUAAAUAAUGUGGCAAAAAAAGAACAAGAGGUCCCACACAGGCUAAAUGAAAGUGGGGUAUCCGUUAUAUUUCACAAAACAUGACUAUGAGAAGCCAAGGUGGUUCUAUGAGAAAACUUAUAUAUUCAUUUUAUUUUUGCAAAUGUUUUUUUUUUUUUAAAUAAGAUGAUAAAAUCCAUUUUUUUCCCAAGAUCUCUAAGCAUUUGAUUAUUUUUUUGUUACGUUUAUUUAAUUUUUAAUUUUUAAUUUUUUUAAAAUGAUCUAGCUAGAAGAGCUGAUGUUGGGUGACCCCUGCUUAAAGACUCUACAGAAAGGAGAUAUUAUUCAACUGCAGAGACGAGGCUUCUACAUUUGUGAUGAGCCAUAUGAACCUAUCAGGUAUACAAGAACAUUCUAAGGAGAUUUGAAUUGGGCUCUUCCAAGGUAGCAGUCAGGAAUUCUUUAAAAAUUACUUAAAUAAGCAUAUAUUUGGGUAAGAUGUCUAUAUCUUUGGGUAAGAUAUCUUUUUGUUUUCCCAAAUUAUUUUAAGUAUUGCCUCUUCUUUUCUAUUUUUCUUUAUAUUAUAUUUAUGGCUAAAAUUGGAAUUUGCCAGUAGUCCAUUCAUUUCCUUGUGACUUUAGAUUGUAAGUUCACGGGCAGGGCCGUCUACCUGUUGUAUCGGUCUGUUCUUCUUGUUUUUGUCUUUUUCCCAGUUGUACAGCGCUGCGGAAUUUGUUGGCGCUUUAUAAAUGCCAGUAAUAAUAAUACUAAUAAUGAGGAAGGAAAUUUAGCUGGCAAAUAAGUCCCCUCCCCCAUAUACCUAGACUUGUUUGUGCUUAUUUGGUGUGUGAGCUUAGGCACAUCGUUAACUGCUUGAUUGCUUUUCAGCCCAAACAGUUGCAAGGAGGCCCCAUGUGUGUUAAUUUAUAUCCCAGAUGGACACACCAAGGACAUGCCAACAUCUGGCUCCAAGGAAAAAAAUAAGGAAACCAAGGAAAAAGCCAAAGCUGUGCCAGCAAAGAAAGAGGUGUGAGGUUUUUGUUUUACAUUUUGUUUUAGUGGGUGCCUUCUUUAGUUAAAAAUCUGGUAUACAUGUGCCAUAAAAUACAUGGAAACUGUAAAAACAACACGUUAAGUUUAAAACAUUAAUUUUUUUUUUUAAUUACAAGCAUUGGCAGUCAACAGUAUCUAUUUUUGUGGCAGUAAAAAGCUUGAAAUGAAUUGUAUGUCAAGGAAAGUAUAAAGUUUAUGCCAAGAAGUAGGAAAAAAACACGGUUAUCUAUAAUAAUGAAAUCUAUAUAAAGCUUUAAUGGAAAUGGGUGAAUGGUGCCUAAAAAAAAGUUUUUUUUUUUUUUGUUUGUUUUUUUUAAAUAUUGCGGGUCAAAUACAUACAAAGCUACCAUUUUAUUUACGUACAGUAUUCUAAAAUAAAUCCCAUGCAUAAUAGUGGGGCUUAACCUCCUUCAGGGACUUAAGAAAGUUGGACAAGGAAAGAAGAUGGGGAAUAAAGUGUAAUGUUAAAUUCUAAAUCCAGCUGGUCCAGGUGUGUAAUAUAGCUGUGCAGAUGUUGCCGUGUCUGGUAUCAGGGAAAUGGCAAUACUGAACUGACAUCAGAUGUACUAGUGUACUGUGAUACUUGUUUGCUAGAAAAUCAUGAUCAUAGCUGUAUGUGUUGGAGGGGCAGAACGUCAUAGCCUGAGCAACAACAACUUUCUUUUAUUUUUUAUAACAUAUAAGUACAGAAAAUUAAAAUACGGUAUUCACAUGAUAUACAUGUAAGCAGCAAUUGACGCUGAUACAACCGGUAAUGUCGAGAGAGACUGCAUUUUUUUUUUUUUUUGGCUACACAAACAUUCUUAAAGGGACACUAUAGUCACCAGAACAACUACAGCUAAUGUAGUUGUUCUGGUGAGUAUAAUCAUUAUAUGCAGGCAUUUUCAUGCAAACACUGAGAAAGCAUUGGAUUGGCUAAAAAUCGUCGAUUUAAGGAUGUCACCAAAGGGGCAGGGCUGGAAAUAGGUGAGUUUUAAUAACUUUUAAGGGGGAGGGGGUGGAUUGGGGGAGGAGGGCAAGCCACAUAAAUGGUGGGUUAAACACUGUAGAGUCAGGAAUACAUGUUCGUGUUCCUUUAAUGUUUCUAGGAAAUCGUUUUCAUAUUAAGUGUUUAUUUUAAUAAUAAUUGGAAUUGACUGUACAUUUUGAUUGUUGCUGUUUGUCAAUGUGUGGCUAGGUGGUGCUAGCAUCUAACUUGUUACUUCUUAAUUCACACAGAGUAAAUCUCAAGGUAAAGCAGUGGCAAAUGUGGCACCUCUCCAAUCACCCCCAGCAGCUGUGGAUCCCCUUGCUCUGUACAACAAGGUCUCCUCUCAGGGGGAUCUCGUACGAGAUCUCAAAACAAAGAAGGCAGACAAGACUGAGGUAGAUGUGGCCGUGAAGCUCCUUUUGUCCUUAAAAGCGGAAUACAAACAGGUUACAGGGCAGGACUAUAAACCAGGAAACGCACCAGCACAGAAUCCCACUCCCAGCACCCCAGCACAGAAUCCCACUCCCAGCACCCCAGCAAACGUUGGUGGGGAAGCCAAAUGCAUGUACGACAAAGUUUCAGAACAAGGGGAAGUAGUCCGAAAACUGAAGGCUGAGAAAGCAUCAAAGGUAAUACUGAGUUGUAAAUAAUGCAGAGUUAGUAGUAAGCAGUUGGCAGUCUUAACUCUCAAAUAUCAACACUUCAUUCCUCAAAGAGACUUUUUUGAAGAUUCUUAUCUCUUAAUAGUACUAUAACAGUAUUUUAGAAAAUUGUACAGACAACUCUUUAUUUAAGAAGUAUUUAUUUAAUCCCUUAAUGGACCACUAUAGGCACCCAGACCACUUCAGCUCAAUGAAGUGGUAUGGGUGCCAGGUCCCUCUAGUUUUAACCCUGCAGCUGAAAACCUAGCAGUUUCUGAGAAUUUUCCAUUUUGGAGUAGAAUCCUUACAGAUAAUUAUGAUGGCAUAGUCAGUUUGAGCUAGCAAUGCUUCCUUACACACACACACUUACCCACUUACUUACACUCUGUCCCUCUGAAUUAACGUGUCUGUAUUGCUGAUCUGAUCUCCUGUGAUUUAUUUUGGUGGAUAUAGUUCUGUGUCUGAAUAUUUAGUGUUUGCUCAUAAUAUGGACAUCCUGGAAUUUUAAAAAAUUUUUUUUUUUUUUUACUAUGGGAUCAUUCCCCCUCUUUCUCUGAAUAGUGUUCCUUGAACUGAUUCUUCCAUUAAAGAGAUGGUAUCUGUGGUGGGAUCUGCUUGUUUCUCUCACCUAAACGUCUGUUUUCUUUCCUUUUUAUCUUUUUUUUUUUUUCUCGCUGCGACUUGUGACUUUAGGAUCAGGUAGAUGCAGCUGUGAAGAUGCUUCUAACAUUAAAAGCAGAGUAUAAGCAAGUAACUGGCCACGAUUACAAACCAGGAAGCUCACCAGUCCCUUUUAAUGCUAGCUCUCCACCUCCCACCAUUCAGAAGUGCCCCCAUGCUGCAGAUAUCACAUAUUUAUACAACAAAGUAGCAGAACAUGGAGAAACUGUCCGACAGCUUAAAUCCACGAAAGCAUCAAAGGUACGUUAGUCCUUGCCACUAUCGCAAAGAGAAGGAAAAAUGUUUAUUUUGAUAUAGACAUGUGCUCAUUUGUCAUUUACAACAUAAAUCGAUUUUAUGGUUUAAUUAUAUGUAUGGUAUACUUGUAUUAUAUAGUAUAGUAUACUUGUUACAGCCUAUAAUUAAGGGUUACAUGGGUGGUCAGUUGGUACACUGUAUGCAGCGAAUUGGCAGAAAACAAAAUCUAUUUCUUACCUACCACUGGCUGCUUGGGAAAAUAUUCUACAUCCUUAAACUUCAUCAACAAAGAGCAUUUGUGUGCCUAUAGCUCUCACCUCUUCUGCUCCCACAAUGUGUGACUCUUGAAUCCCCUAUCAUAUACCCUGUUUGUGUGCUAAAACAAGGCUCCUCCCUUUUGUUCCGAGUUAAAGCGAUUGUACCCCCAGGGACGUAUUAGCCGCGAGGCAAACAAGGCAUUUGCCUUGGGCGGCAUUUUUCAGGGGGCGGCAAAAAACGCCGCCCCCCAAAUGCCCAGGGCAAAUGCCUAGUUAGCCUUGCGGCUAACUGACAUCCCGAGCGGGCGGCGCUGGCAGGCGGGCGGCUGGCGAGGGAGCACUUCCUGUGAGCUGACUGCUCAGUUCCCUCGCGCGACGCAGAGUGAGGCUGGGAGCCGGAAGAUGACGUCAUAUUCCGGCUCCCAGCCUCAGUCUGCGGUGAGCGAGGGAGCUGAGCAGACAGCUCACAGGAAGAGCUCCCUCGCCAGCUGCCCGACUGCCAGCGCCGCCCGCCCGCUCUGCAGCCACUGGACCACCAGGGAGAGAGACCCCCCCCCAGCACUCCCAAAGGUAAGGAGGUUGGGGGGGGGAUUUAAAUUUAAAAAAAGUUAAUGUGUGUGUGUGUCUGAUGUGUGUGUGUGUGUGUCUGACUGUGUGUGUGUGACUGUGUGUGUGUGUGUGUGUGCGACUGUGUGUGUGUGUCUGACUGUGUGUGUGACUGUGUGUGUGUGUUUGUGUCUGACUGUGUUUGUGGGUUCGUGUCUGUGUAUGUAAGGUCUGACUGUGUGUGUGGCUUGUGGUCUGACUGUGUGUGUGUCUGACUGUGUGUGUCUGACUGUGUGUGUGUCUGACUGUGCGUGUCCGACUGUGUGUGUUUGUGUCUGACUGUGUUUGUGUCUGACUGUGUUUGUGUAUGUGUGUAUGUGUCUGACUGUGUGUGUGUGUUUGCACUGGUGGGUGUGUGUGUUUGUGGCCUGACUUCAGGUCUGACUGUGUGUGUGUGUGUGUGAGUGUGUGUGUGUGAGUGUGUGCGUUCGACCGUGUGUGUUUGUGAGUGUGUGUGUGUGUUUGUGUCUGACUGUGUGUGUGUGUGUUUGUGUGUGUCUGUGUUUGUGAGUGUGUGUGUGUGUUUGUGUCUGACUGUGUGUGUGUUUGUGUCUGACUGUGUUUGUGAGUGUGUGUGUGUGUCUCUGUGUUUGAGUUUGUGUGUGUGUAUGUGUCUGACUGUGUGUAUGUGUCUGACUGUGUGUGUGUGUGUAUGUGUCUGACUGUGUGUGUGUGUAUUUAGAAGGUGGGGCGGGGGGAAGGGUUGGGUGGGGAUGGCGCGGGGGGAGGGGGGCGCCUGAGUUUUGUCCUGCCUAGGGCAGCACAAAACCAAGAUACACCACUGUGUACCCCUCUGUAUCAGUUUGCAGUCACAAACCAGAAAUAUUGCCCUUGAAUAUUGCCAUGAAUGCAAGGGAGCAAAGAUCUGAGCACGAGACUGUACAGGCUCCUGUCAACACCUGCACUUCCGAAUAUCGUAGACUGCCUUGUUUGGUGGUACACAUCACUGGUUUUAGCUACUUAGCAGUAAUAGUGGGAGGAACUGUACAUGCAUGUCCUAAGCUUUUUAUAUGCACUUGAUAUAUGUUAUCAAGUUAAAGUAUCUGUGAACAUUUAUUUGUGCACAUCACUAAUGUUUCAAGUUGUUUUAUAGUAAUCUUAGUUUUGUUUUGGUUCUUGUAGUUAUGAAAAAGAAUAUCUAGUACUAAUUGGCGAUACAGAUUAUUGGUAGCCUUUUUGUACCGAUUGCCAAUAACAAGUGCCAACAUUUUGUACAUUUAAAGUUUUGGAAAUACAACACAAUUUCUACAUAAAUCUGGCAUUAACUGAAAAUGCUGACAGCAACCACAUUCCAACCACUCUCACGCAGUUAGUACAUGCUGGGAUUAAAGAGAUCCCAUUGUGUACAGUGUUACUGAUAGGAAUGUGAUUGCAGAUGGCAAUGAAACUCCUAUCACUCAGUCAACCAGCCCAGUACAUUACAGCAGAUUAUUCACUGUCUCACCGCCCUGCCUUCAGCUGAGCUCCACAUGCAUGGACUCACAUGGAGGGAUAGUGUAAGUUAGCGAAGUUGCACCUCAUUGGCUGGUGGCCAGAGUUUCCGAAUGCUGGAGAUAGCGUGCAGUGACUCAGAGAGGUGAGUAAUUUAAUUAAUACAAGGCCGUUGCCGAUUAAGGAUAAAAAUUCCAAAUAUCGACUAUAAUAAUCGGCAUAUCUUUCAUUCUUAUACAUUAAGUAGAGUAUUUUAUUUCAAAUGUAUUUCAUUAUUUUAUUCUAGGAAGACUUACUACAGCAAUGCUGCUAGUGAUCUCAACUUUGCAACUGCACACAAUACUAUACUGUCAGCUACUUUACAUCAGGGAGGCCCAAUAGCUAGAUCCCCAGAUGUUUUUUUUUUCAAUUUGACAAUUUUUAUUUUUCAAGUUCAAACUUGGGGUACAGAAGGAAAGAGGGGUGGGGGGAUGAAGCACAUUUGCACAUUUCCUACUUUACGGUUUCAAUGUUUGCCAUCCUGUUCAUUAUUUCUAGCGAAAAUGUAACUAUAUUCGAAUUUGCCCACUUUGUCACGACAGGCCAGUUCUUUGUUCUGUUCCCUGUGUUGGUAAAAGUGGCUUUUUUUUUUUUUUUUCCCUCCUCUCUCUUUCUUUCUAUAUAGUUAACCAUUUUACCUUUGUGAUGCUUAGACAUAAACAAGGGGGUAGGUGUGCAGGGUACAGAAAGGAAUAAGGGAGGGGUAGGGGAUUACGUAUCUUCAGUUAACAUGGCUUCACAGUACGUUCUAUUGUUAUGUAUGCGGUUUACGCGACAAAUUUGUAUACCCAUGGUGGUACAUAUCACGCUUGUCUGCAUUGUGCUAUCAUCAUAUUCCAGUCCCUGAGUGGUGCUGGGGGUGCCGUGUCAGUUGUGGAAGUACGUAGAUUACAUGAAAUACAAUAUAAACAAUAUAAACGUUAAUAUGAACUAUAUACAUGGAACUUGUUCCACCUAUACAAGUUUUUCUGUAUGACUGAUGCUCUGUUGCAUUGGGUUUGGUCUAGGCAUGUCAUUUGGGUCUGGUGCCUUUCCCGUCAGUGUCUAUUUCUCCGCAUUGCUAAAUGUAUACAUUUUUGAGUUUGUUUCCUUGUCUGUACCUUUUAUUUGUUUAGUUUGUUACGGAGGGUCAUGCGUUGCGUGUCUGCGUGUUAUGUGGGUUGCUUGCUCGUAAUUGAGCCACAUAUUGUAAGCCUCUGUGGUUGUGUGGUCCUCUUGCCCUAGUGACCCCGCAUGUUUUUCAUAUGAGACGUUGGUGGAUGUUAGGGCUAUUAUUUCUGUUUUUGUGGGAAUCACUGACGAUUUCCAUUGUCUUGCUAUUAAUGUCUUUGCCGCUAUCGUGAUAAGGUAGACUAGUUUUCGAGCGGGUUUCGUGAUAUUUUGUGGUGAUAGGUGUAAUAGAUAUAAUUCUAUGCUGGGUUGGAUCGAUACCCCUGUGCUGUUUGUAACUAUUUCUUCUACUGCUUCCCAUACUGGACGUAUGAGUGGACAAGUCCACCAGAUAUGUAAUGUGUCCCCUUUCGCCUUUAGGCAUCUCCAGCACUUGGCUUCGGAGUUGUUGUACAUUUUAUUUAAUUUGCUAGGGGUGAGGUGCCACCUAUAGAGUAGUUUUCUGGCUAUUUCUAGGUGAGAGGCGCAUCUUGUCGCGCUUUUGUGUGCUACGAAGGUUCUAUCCCAUUCCUGGGUUGUUAGUUCCCUCCCAAUAUCUGUAUGCCAUUCUUUUUGAAAUCCCCAGAGGUGCGUUUGAGGGCUCCCAUUAAGUAUGUUAUAGCAUAGUGAUAUAGUUUUGUCUUGCUUUUUCCUUUCGAGGCAUUUAGUUUCAAAGUGAGUUAGUUUUGGUUCACCAGUCACUGGUUGAGUGGGUGUAUGUACAGUCCAUAGCGUGUGGUGAAGUUGUAUAUAUGAGAAUAGGGCCCUGUUUGGUAUAUUAUGGUGUGUUUGUAAUUCUUUGAAGCUCCUCAGGGAGCCGCCUUGAGUCAGUUGGUGAAGGUGGGUUAGGUCGUGUUCAGCCCAAAUUUUAUAGUUGAACGAGGGGUCUAGGGUGUGCAGCGUUUUUAAGGGGGUUGCGGGGGACCACUUAUGUCUCGAGCAGACCCUGUGCUUGUUUUUGUCCCAAAUAGAUAGCAUGAGUUUGGUUGUCGGCAAUAUCUGGGGGGUGCGGGGUCGUAUUUCCCUUGGGGCCCAUAUGAGGUGUGUUACUUGCCUCCCUUCUAAUCUGCUGGAUUCUAGUUCCAGCCAUUGUGGGGGUUGUUCUCUGGAGUGGCACCGUAGCACAUUUGCCAGUUGCGUGGCUCUGUGAUAUUCUCUUACGUCCGGGAAUCCAAGUCCUCCCUCUCUUAUUGACCGUGACAGGAGUCGCCAUGCUACCCUGGGUUUUUUGUUUUGCCAUCCAAAUCUCAAAAGGGUCGUCUGGAGGUUUUUGAAAUAUUUGGCGGGGACAGGUAUUUGUAAUGUUCGGAAUAGAUAAAGAAUUUUUGGCAGGAUCAUCAUUUUGAUAGCCGCGCAUCUACCCACCCAAGAUAGGUAUUUGCCUUCCCAUGACUUUAAUGUAUUUACAAUUUCUGUGAAGAGUUUUUGGUAAUUCAUUGUGAAAAGUGAGUUAUAUGUUUUUGUGAUUUUGAUUCCCAAAAAUGUGAGGUGGUCUUCUCUCCAGUCAUAAUGAAAUGCCGUUUUGAGUCUGGUCAUUAUGUUGUCUUCUAUGCCUAUUCCCAUUGCUUGGGUUUUAGUGGUGUUUAGCUUGUAGUAUGAGUGUGCGCUAUAGGAUUGAAGUUCCUUUUGGAGAUUUGGGAGGGAGAUCAAUGGUUGGGAUAGCGUUAAAAGGACGUCGUCUGUGAAUAGGUUGAGUUUGUACUCUCUUUCUCCUAUAUUUAUGCCGUGUAUGUUUGGGUUACGUCUAAUGGCUUCCGCGAGGGGUUCCAGGGCUAACACGUAAAGAAGUGGUGACAGGGGACAACCCUGUCUAGUCCCAUUUGUGAUGUUGAAUGGAUCUGAUCGGGAACCCGAGGAUGUUACCGCGGCGUUCGGAGAGCUGUAUAGGGCUUUGAUUGCUGUCAGAUAAGUGGGGGGAAAGUCAAAUUUUUUCAGAGUAGCCUCUAGGAAUUGCCAAUUCAGUCUGUCGAAUGCUUUUUCUGCGUCUAGGGAGAUUAUGAGACCUUGGGACCGGUCCAUGUGUAUCGACUGUAUUAUAUCUAUUACCUUUCGUGUAUUGUCUGAGCCUUGCCUCCCGUGAACAAAGCCCACUUGGUCAUUUGAGAUAAGGUCAGGGAGGAUGUUUUUGAGUCGGUUAGCUAAAAUUUUUGCGUACAGUUUGGUGUCUGAGUUUAGUAAUGAUAUGGGGCGGAAAUUUUGGCAGUGUGUCGGGGGUUUACCUGGUUUCGGUAGGGUAAUUAUUCUAGCUGCUAGGAACUCCGCUGGGAAGCUUCCUGUCUGAAGAGCAUGGUUGAAAGCCCUGUUGAGAUGUGGGGCCAGAAGUGGAGCGAAUUUCUUAUAGUACUCGUUCGUAAAGCCAUCCGGCCCUGGUGCUUUUCCUAGGGGCAUGGAUGUUAUGCAUUCUACGAUUUCGUUUUCUGUAAUGGGAGCUUCCAAAAGUUGUUGCUGGGUUGUGGAUAGGGUUGGUAGCGGGAUGUUUGAUAAGUAGGCUUGUAUGCCAGCCUCCGUGGGUUGCGGCGUGGUCUGAUCAUUGGAGAGGUUAUAUAAUUGGCUGUAAUAUUGGGCAAAUUCUUUACAAAUGCCUGAGGGGAGGUGGAUUUUUUGGCCCUUUUUAUUUAAGAUAUGUGCUAUCCGUGUUUGUUGCUGUCUCUCUCUUAAGUGUUGUGCUACAAGCUUACUGGCUCUGUUACCUUGGACGUAUGUGCGAGUGUUUAGGCGCUUCAGCAUGAGGCCGAAUUUGUGGAGUCUAAUCUCAUUGAGUUUGUUUUGGAGUGUAUUGAUUUGCGUUUUGUGCUCUGCUGAUGGUUGCUUUUGAUUAUCUUUGUGAAGCACUGCCAGUUUUUGUUCGCAUUGCAUAAUUUCUAUUUUUGAUCGUUUCUUUAGAUAUGUGGCUCUACUUAUUAAUGUGCCCCUAAGUACAGUCUUAUGUGCAAGCCAGGUCAUGUGGGGGUUCAGGUCGUUUGAGGCGUUAGUGGUAAAGUAGUUAUGCAGUUCUUUUUCUAGGGUUUUGCAGAAUUGUGGAUCUCUAAUUAGAUAGUCAUUAAGACGCCAUGGGUUUCUAUGUUUGUAGUCAUAGGAGCUCGACAAUGAUAGUGUCACUGGUGCAUGAUCUGACCAGUCAGCGGUCAAAAUUUCGCAGUCUAAGAUGUUGGUCAUUGUGGAUUCGUGCAUGAAGCACCCGUCAAUUCUAGAGUAUGUAUUGUGUACUUUGGAGUGGUGCGUGUAGGCUUUUUCCGAAGGGUGGAGGGCUCUCCACACGUCUCUCAGACCAUAUGUGGCUAGCAAAUUCCUAAGGCUUUUGCCUUGUUUUUUCAUGGUUUUGUAGUGAGGCGACGUGGGCGGUCUAGUUGAGUCUAAUGUGGGGUCCAACACAUGGUUUAUAUCCCCGCUUAUGACUAGAGUGCCUUUCCUAAUUUUUUCAAUUUUAGAGAGGACUGCAUGCAAAAAAUUUCUUUGGUUGGUGUUUGGUACAUAUAUAUUCGCCAGUGUGUAUUCUGUUUCGUUGAUGGUGCAGUGCCAUAUGAUGUAUCUCCCCCCCUGGUCUAUUAAUUGGUUGUGUGAUAUGAUCGUGAGGUCUUUGCUGAAGAGAAUUGACACGCCUCGAGAUUUUCUCGGGGUGGUGGAAUGUGCUUGGUGGGGGUACAUGUUAGGACUUAUGUGGGGGUGAGCAUCGGUUCUAAAAUGUGUUUCCUGGAGAAAUACUAUGUCGGCUUGCUUUUUUUUAAGUUCCCUGCUCAGAGUGUGACGCUUUUGUGGGAUAUUUAAUCCCUGUACAUUGUGGGAGUAUAGUUUUAGACUGAAUGUGUGUGGGAAUUGGAUGUGCUGUUUCGGUCUUCACUGUCUCGUGUGUUGGCUAGCGGUGGGUCGCCGCUCUUGUUCUGAGAAGAGUGGCCGGGGGUGUUUUUCGUUGUACGUAGGUGUGGCGGGUGACCCGUGAUCGGUUCUAUGAGGCGGAUAUAGUGUACUAGUGGAAUGUUGACCCUGCCUUUGUGUGAAUUGCAUACAGACAUAGAUGAUGUGAUUUGUCUUUGAGCAUAGGUGAAUCGAAAACAUUUAACAUAUUUACAAUAACAUAAACAUAACAAUUUUUGAGAUCUGGCUCUUGUGCCCUGGUCGUCCAUCAGGGCACAGUUUAUCCCGCUAGUUCCUCCUACUAGCUCUCCCUAUCUGGGGGGUUGGGAAGUCCGGUUCUGGCCUCCUGGCCGAGCCAGUGGUCGCUGCCCCAGGCCAGCGGCUUUAAUCUAGGCUACCUUGGGGAUGUGUUUUGAGGGUUGUCUGACUCACAGGGAGUGUUGGUAGGAGCAGAGGGAUUUUGCCAUCAAUCCUGUGUUCUUGAUUUGGAGAUGGGCAUGUGGGUUUUUAACGUGGAGGUUUGGCAUUAUCACUUAUCUAGGGGGGGCUGUGGGCGUUGGAGUGGGAUGUUGGUUUGGCAGAGAGGCAACAGCUUGCUCCCCCGUUUCCCUCUUUUAGUCCAUGUUACUGGUAUCUCUAUACUUUGCUUGUCUCACGUCCCCUAGGGGGCGGGAGUAGCAGUGGCCCCUACGUGGUUUCCCAACUGUUGGCUCGCUAUGCGGGAAGGAUGGUGCGCGUGGUUUAGGUAGCAUUUUUAGGGUCCAAUAGUCUAUACUGUCUAAGGAGCUCCUGCCCUCGCUUGGUUUUAUGGCCCUAUUGUCUUCUGACCCUGACCUGGUGCUGCUCCUGGGGCACCGCCCCACCACCCUCCAUGUCUCCCCGCUUGAGCCCUUGAUCCCACUUCUUAUUUUGGCUAUGUUAGGUAGGUGGGGUAAUUAGUGGGUAUGUUUUCAGGGGGGGGCUACAGGGUCGGAGACCCUCUCGCGUGGGUCGUAUCCUGCUGUCUAGACGGGGUCCCCGCCCCAUGGUGGUUAACUUUCCCCUCCUGUUGCCCCUUCACUCACAGUUCCUCUCCCCCCUCCCAAGUCCCCCUCCCCCUGUUCCCUACAUAUAUGAAAUAAUGAUCCGUAGUGUUAACACAAAAACAAUUGUAGCGAGUAUAUUACCCUCUCCCGUCGUGUUUCCCUUGGUCGACGGUGAACAAUGUCCCAAAGUCCCUGAAAAAGAUUAGCAGUGUCCAUGGUGUAUUUUGCGUUGGUACUGUCCGCAUGGAUGUCAUCCGUCAUCCCCUGGUUUCCGUCACUGUGUUGCGGUGUGUUUCGGCGUUUUGGAGUGUUUCACCGUCUGCCACUCUUGGUGCAAUGUCGGUCGUUUGUUUGGUUUGUCCCUGUUUGUAGCUAGAGUGAUGCCCCAAGAGCGCAGCAGUCGUGUUCCUUCUUCUGCGGUUGAGGCAAUUUGGGUCUUGCCGUCUCGUAGGAUCAAUAGCUUGAUUGGGAAUCCCCAGCGGUACGGGAUUUUCCUGUUCCUGAGUUCAGCUGUGACGUCCUUGAAAGUUUUCCUGCGUCUAAGUGUUUCGGCCGAAAGGUCUGCGUAUAUCUGGACCUCUUUAUAUCUGUCUGGGAGAUCUUGUAGAGGUUUCUUGGAGCGCAGGAGGGAUUCUUUUACGUGAUAGUAGUGUAGUCUGAGCAUCACGUCCCUCGGUAUUGAGGCUGGCAGAUGUUGUGGCUUUGCCACCCUGUGCGCCCUAUCCAUGAGUAGCAUGUCAAUUGGGAGGUCAGGAGCCAAAAUAUGGAACAGGUCUGUGAGGUAUGUCAUGAGAUCUGCAGCCUGUACGUCUUCAGGUAUACCUCUCACCCGGAGAUUUUGGCGCCUGGAUCUAUCCUCAAGGUCCAUGUUUUUUACUUCUUGCUUCUCAAGCUUUGCCUCCAGCUCCUCAAUUUUUUCUGCCAUGCUGUUGUGUGCUUCGGCAUAUUCCGCCAUCUUGCUUUCCAUGUGGGCUGUACGGUUUCCUAUGUCGGCAAUAUCUUUCUUUAGGUCCGCUAUUGCUGCAUGGACUGUUGUUUGUAUUUUUGCAGCCAUGUCAUCUAACAUUGUCUGGAACAGCUCACUGUGUAUUUGCAUGGUGCUGGGUGCAGGCUGUUGUGGGGAAUGUGGCUAGGGAGUUUCCUGUUCAUCCCCACUGCCGUCGCCAUCUUGUCCCGUCUGAGCCUGUGACUUGUGGCUUGCCGUUUUCGCGGCGAAAAACGAGUGCUUUUCUUUGGCGUCGGUCACCCUCCUUGCUCCCCUCUGUGACAUUGUGGCAGUACCUCACUCUGGGGAGUGUUUGUGCCGGUAGGAUGCUGAUUGUGCCGCUGUAUUUAGCCGUCGGCUCGGGAGCUCUCCACUCACGCGGCCAUUCCGUUCGAGCGCAGGCUCCGCCCCCCGAUCCCCAGAUGUUUUUGAACUACAAGUUCGAUAAUGCUGGGCCAUUCUAAAUUGCUGUAGUUCUACAACAUCUAGGGAUCCUUUCCAUCACUGUGCUUUAUGUCUUUGCAACUUUCUUGACUUCUUUCUGCUCUGUUUCCUUCCUUUCUUCUUUUUGUCCCCUUUCUGUAGGAUGAAAUAGAGGCUGCAGUGAAAACACUUUUAAGCCUUAAAGCAGAGUACAAGAAAAUCACUGGCCAGGAAUAUAAGCCCAGCUACCCUCCAUUACCCCAGCCUCAGUGUAAAUCCAUUGCAGGUUCUCCCUCCUCUAGUGACACACGGCUCAGUUCAUCAGACCAUAAUAGUCUGUAUAACAAAGUAGCUGAACAAGGGGAGCUUGUCCGCAAGCUUAAAUCUGAGAAAGCUAGUAAGGUAAAGGGGCUUGGUUGUGUCUGCUUUAAAUUGUGAGGUCACGUACAUACAUGUCUUUUUUGUUUUUGGUGGGGAGGAGGGUGAACGGGAGAGGUUGGUUCUGUAAAAUAAAUGGGAGAUGCUUUUGUAUUUAAUUACGUAUGCUACCGAUGAAAUAAUUUCAUGAUUUUCUUUAGGACAAAGUUGAAGAAGCUGUGAAGCUAUUGCUCUCUCUCAAAGCCCAGUACAAGGAGGCAACUGGAGUUGAAUACAAACCAGGGCAGCCCCCAACUCCCACAGGCGCUGCUGUAAAUAACCCACCAAAAACUCAGGCAAAUGGAUCAAAUACAUUAGAAGCAGAAGAACUCUUUAACAAGGUUUCUAAACAGGGAGACGAAGUCCGAAAACUGAAAACAGAGAAGGCACCAAAAGUGAGAAAUUAAAAAUCUUCACCAGGUUAAUUAAAGAAUAGAGACAAAGUUGUGAAAGUGUUUCCCACAUACUAAGUUCUGCUGUUAACCAGAAUUUGAGAUUUUUGAAGACUUAUAAUGCAAUAUCGAUUUCAUUUUAUUUUUUAUUUAUUCUGUCCCUGUGGAGAAACCUUCCAACUUUGCUUUUCUUGGCUUAAUUUUUUUUGAACUUUUUUUCUUUUUAAAGGAAAGCAUAGUAAGUAACCCCAUAAUAAUAAUUUUACUCCUGUUUUUGAAAAACACAUUUUCAGAGUAAGAGCAAAUUGUAUUAAUUGUAUGAACUGCUGAAGGCAAUAUAUGCUGUGAUUAUUUCCUAUUCUCCAUUCAUUUUCUUUUAUGGUGUCCAUAUGCCUCACUUUAAGAUGUUGGUCUGCAACUGGUUUGAACCAUUGUUUUGUGUCCUCUGUGAGCACAGGAUAAAGUUGAUGCCGCAGUAAAGCAACUUCUGGAUUUGAAGACCCAGUACAAAGCUCUUACUGGAACAGACUACAAGCCGGUAUCUGCUGCUGGCUCCGAGGACAAGAAGCAGAAAGAAAAGGAGAACAAGUCUGAGAAACAGGCCAAGCAACCAAAGCAGGGUGAGGGACAUAAGAAGAAGGAAUCCAACAAAGAACAAGGGAAUGGCUCAUCAGGUAGUGGAGCAGGCGAAGGACAAGGUCCGAAGAAACAAACCAGGUAGAUUUUGGAUUUUUCACACUUUGUAAUUGUGACAAUCCUUAUCCUGCUUGAACAUUAAACCUUGUUUUGUUGGUUAAGAUUUAGUUACAGUUUAUAAGUGUAAAUACCCAUGUGGUAUGUCGUUGAGUGGCUCACAAUUGUGAUUUUAAAACUGAUAUGACUGGACACUCUGCAUGAAAUGUCUUUCUGCUGUGAUAGAGGUUUUACAAAUGCCUUUUAAGGGCCUUGUUAUUAUUGAUUAGCGACCUAUGGACAUUUGGGGAGCACAGAUCUAGUAUCCCUUCCCUCUCCUAAUCUCCAUACUAACUUUAAAACCAGCAACGAUAAAUAAUUGUAGUGAAUGUUAUUUAAUGCACAUUUUCAACAGAUUUAAAGAGCUUUAGAAAUAGGGAUGCUGGUACGUUAACAUAUACUUAUAAUCCUAAAUAUAAAUAAAUCCAUUAUCAAUGUGCAUAGAUUGGACAUUUCCCCUGUAUGUUGUGUGUGCAAAGCAUUGGAAAAGCUUUAUUCCUAUUUAAACUACUGAUAUGGCUGCUCCAGGCAGAUGCUUGGUUGGGGGGAGGGGGUUCUGUGUCAUUUGAAGCUAAUCCAUGUACAUAGUGUGUAUAAUCUAUAGCAUAAUGUGUGUAUUAUUUGUAUAUGCCCACCUCUUGCUGAACUUGCCAUCCAUGUGGGAUUGCUUUAAGCCAUACAUAUAAUGGCAGUGUAACACACAUCUCAUGCAUACAUUGAAUUUAAGCGAACAGUUGCAUCAGAUAUCUACAUGGCACAAAUACGAAGUAUAACUUUAAAAUAUUGUCGCUGAAUUAAAUGUCUCGUGUAUGAGAACACGGAGUGUGUUAGAAAGCGUUACAUUGCAGUUCCAAAUUAUUUUAUUUUUAUUUUGUUUAGGCUAGGACUGGAGGCAAAAAAAGAAGAAAAUCUUGCAGACUGGUAUUCACAGGUAUAGUCCUAAUUCCUCUGUUUGUUAAAGGGACACACUAAGCCAGGUGACUACUGCAAUUUGUUAAAUGGGUUAUAGUGCACGGAGUGUGUAUUUUUUUUUUGGUGUGCAGUCCAUUAAACAGUUUGACAAAUACUGGAGGAGUCCCGGGUACUCUGUUUGCUGUGUUGACAAAUUUUACGUGUUUUUUUUUUGCCCAUCCAAAUGUACAUUGAAUUCCAUCUUGUGAAAAAUGCGGCUAACCCUUUUUUUAGCACAUCGCCAGUGUGCAAAGCAGAGAAACACUUUUGAUGUGGUGACACUAAGGUUAUUGCACAUCAUCAGCAGGGUACAAUGAUUUUGACUAUACUUGGGUAUAUUAUAAUAAAAAACACUAGCAAGAAGGAUAAUCCUUAACUUUUGGGAAGAAAUUAGGUGAAGUUCUUGAACCAUAUUUGAUUAUGGGUAGGGUAGGGUUGUGAUAAUCUUGAGUAAAUGAAGACAUGUUUACUGAUUAAUUUUUUUUAAACAGGUGAUCACAAAAGCAGAGUUGAUUGAAUAUUAUGAUGUCAGCGGCUGUUACAUCCUGCGCCCGUGGGCCUUUGCUAUUUGGGACGCCAUCAAAGAGUUCUUUGACCGUGAGAUUAAGAAGAUUGGAGUGGAGAACUGCUACUUUCCCAUGUUUGUAUCGCAGGCUGCACUUGAAAGAGAAAAGACCCACAUAGCUGAUUUUGCCCCAGAGGUAAAACCAUUAUUUAUUUUUAAUACUAAUGACUGUAGCUGUCAUCACAGAAUACUCUGCAUGCAUUACACACAGUGAUGGAACCGUGUUAAUGGAGAAUGCCUGUUGGUGCAUUCAUAAAGUACUGAAUAGACAUUGAAAUAAACAUCAGAUCAGGAUAUUGUUUAGUCUGUAUAUUUCAUGUUGAUUUCGCUAGCACAGCACAUUUAUUAACCGAUCACUUAAUAAAAUGCUCCUUUACAAGAUUACAUGACUCCCUUGUGUAAAAUAACAAUAAUAAUCUUUAAUAAAACAAUUAAAGGGACUCUAUAGUCACCUGAACAACUUAAGCUUAAUGAAGCAGUUUUGGUGUAUAGAACAUGUCCCUGCAGCCUCACUGCUCAAUCCUCUGCCAUUUAGGAGUUAAAUCCCUUUGUUUGUGAACCCUAGUCACACCUCCCUGCAUGUGACUUGCACAACCUUCCAUAAACACUUCCACUUUUUUUUUUUAUGCAGGCUCUGUCAAUCAUAGCCAGGGGAGGUGUGGCUAGGGCUGCAUAAACAGAAACAAAGUGAUUUAACUCCUAAAUGACAGUGAAUUGAGCAGUGAAAUUGCAGGGGAAUGAUCUAUACACUAAAACUGCUUUAUUUAGCUAAAGUAAUUUAGGUGACUAUAGUGUUCCUUAAAACUUUCCUGUAAACAGACACCUGGACAGACUUGUCUCUACAUCCAUAUUUCCCCCUUCCCAUGGUGAAAUAUUCAAGCUUGAUGAUUUGUGUCCAUUAAAAUGAGAAGCAUUGCAGACAUACUCUGCAUGGGUUGCAAUCCGCCAAUCCAGAGCCUUUUUCAUAGAAGCAUUAGAUGCACUCCCAGUGUCUUGUGUCAGCAUACUUUGCAUGCUGCCGCCAAAGUAAAAUAUAUUCAGUUUCAACAGCAAGGCUGUUUUUUUUUGUUUUUUUUUAACGGCAUCUGUGUCAGAAAAUCACUUCAUGCUAAUUUUUGUGGUUGGAUAGUCCCUUUAAAGGGACACUAUAGUCACAAAAACUAAUUUAGAUGAAUGAAGCAGUUUUUGUGUAUAGGUUAUGCCCUUGCAGUUUCACUAAAUCACUUUUGUUUCCGUUUAUGCAGCCCGAGCCACACCUUCCCACAGCUUGCAUGAAAACAAAAAUCGGUUUUAUUUUCAAUGUGAUAUUACAAGUUUUUAUCUCCUACUCAAUAAACUGAACUUUAAUCACACACAGGAGGUUCCUGCAGAAAUUCUAAAUGAAACAGACUGUGCAAUAUAGGAUGUCUAGACUUUAGAUCUCAUUUUACAGGAAGAUUUUAAGGAAGGCUGUGCACAUUACAUGCAGGGAGGUGUGGCUUGGACAUCAUAAACAAAGUGAUCUAACUCCUAAUUAGCAGUGAGACUGAAGGGGCAUGAUCUAUACACUAAAACUGCUUUAUUAAGCUAAAGUUUUUGUGACUAUAGUAUCCCAUUAACUUAUUUUACAUACUUGAAAAGAACAUGGUCAUCCACAGGCCUCUUAAACAUAAUUUACAGACUUGUAAUUGUCUUUUUGGGCUAUUUUGCAAUAUAAAUUCUGCCUACUGACUGUAUAAUUUUAUUUAUUUAUAAAAUAUUUUACCAGGAUGGAUACAUUGAGAUUUCUCUCGUUUUCAAGUAUGUCCUGGGUCUUUGUCCACAAAACAUUGCAUUGUUACAAUAGGAUGCAAUGUAACAAAAACACAAUAUACAAAAAAUACACUUAUAAUGCCAGUUACACUCACUUCAAUUGUUUUUCGUGAUUAAACGGUUUGUUUCAGUUGAGUGCUGAUAUUUAAAAUCAAAUCAUCUAAAGUGGAGAAAGCAAGCAAAGUGGCAAUACAUAAUCAUUUAAAAAAUAUAUAUAUAAAUUUUAAAGAAACACUCCACCAUUGGCUGAGAGCGAUCAGCUGCUUACUAUAAAGCUUCGCUCAGGCAGAGCGCUUCCUACUCUGUUUGCAAUAUAGUAGGAAUAGGACAGGUUGUGAACAAUAAUGCUGGAAAAAAUUUUCUAAACCCGUACAUGGCAUUUUGACAUAAGCAGACAUCUGGAUAGUCUGUGCCUAAAAUUACACCAGUGAUGCCAAACUUAUGCCAGAAGUACCGUUUAAAUGGCAGCACUGGCAUGUACCAUCUCUUCCAUGGGAACAUUGAACAUUUGCUCUUUUUAUUGCGAUAGGUCGCUUGGGUUACGAGAUCUGGAAAGACCGAGCUGGCUGAGCCAAUUGCUGUACGGCCAACAAGUGAAACAGGUAUGGAUGGCCAGAAGCCUCAUGUGAACAAAAAUCAAAUCCACUGCUUCCCCUCAUUUGGAUGCUACAAUAAAAGGUCCCCAAUGAGAGAAGCAAAUAAGUCUCAAAAACGUGUCUGUAUAUUCUCUUGGGGGUGCACAAAAGGGAAACCCUAAUAAAUGCAAAAUAUAGCAGUACAACAAAAUGUUGCACUCCGCCAUUGGAAAGAAAUAUGGAAAACGGAAGUAACAUUAAAGCCAUCUUAUCUUAUCAUGUUGUUUCAGUAAAAAAAAAAAAAGCAUUGAGCAAAAUUUGCAAAUGAAUAGUGAAAAUCAUCAAACUAAACAUAGGGAAGGGGAGAGAUGCACUACACGAGUUCUGUUUUGUUUCAGGCUGCAGUAUGUCUUUAGCUUUCACCUAACUAUGGAAGUUUUUUGUAUUCUAGUUCUGAGAAAACUUUGUAAAGACAAUCAGAAUGCCGGACUAAUAUCACAUGGCUGUUUGUUUAUUCUUCUGCAUCUCUGUUUAAGGGAUUCCAUUCAUUCUUACAGUUUUAUGCCCAAGAGUUGUUGUCACAGCUAUAAAUAUUCUACUUAUUAAAUCCUCCUCCUUGUUUACACAAUAUAUUUUUUCCCUACAGUAAUGUAUCCUGCUUAUGCAAAAUGGGUGCAGUCGCACAGAGACCUGCCAAUCAAACUUAACCAGUGGUGUAAUGUUGUGGUACGUACUUUGGUUUAUAUUAUGUCCCCAAAAUAAUGCCUGGAAAUGUACACUCUUUUCACCACAAACCGUUAUUUUCCUUGAUUUACUUGCUUUCUUAUCCCAAGCAUUGUGGGAUUGUUCCCCAGGUGUCAUUCACAGCACAAAAAACCUGUUCUGGAUAAUAGCACUCACAUCUUGGUAUUGACUUCCCAUGAUUCCUUGUGCUUUAUGUGCAAUGUGUUUGAAAUAGUGUUAUAAACUUUACUUGGUUUGAUAGGUUAUGUCUUCCUUUGGAGAGUCUUGUUUAAUUUACGCUUUGUUUUAAUGUUAUAUUUUAGAGGUGGGAGUUUAAGCAUCCACAGCCGUUUCUCCGCACACGUGAAUUCCUUUGGCAAGAAGGACAUACAGCGUUUGCUACUUAUGAGGAAGCAGCAGAAGAGGUAAGUAAAUUUAGCUUUCUUCUCAUGCAAAAUAAAUAGUACAUUAAUGUUCAAGAACCCUCUAGAUGGAGCCCUUUCAUACUUAUUUGCCUUAUGCCAGCCAAGUGUCGUCCUUUUACUCUCAUAGUUCACCCUUGAUUUCUGCACGAAUCUGUCACAUAAACCAAGUUUUGCAUGACCUCUUUAAGACGAAGUUGCUUUUUUUAUUAAGUUUGAUAUUUCUAUUUUGUGGGAGUUGUUAAAUAAAUAGCUCCUUUCUGUUCUCUUAAAGGGGCACAACCUAAAACACUUUAGUUUGCCAAAAUGCUUUGUGUGUGAAGAAUGUGUACUUUAAUUAUUUUUUUUUCAUUUUACAAAAAGUCCCAAUUUCAAUAGAACUUGGCACUUUUAUAAAUCUAGCCUUGUUACACACCCUUGACUUUCCAACAAACAAGAAGUCCUGUUGCUUCCUGAUUUGGUUAGCUCAAUGGAACUAAACUCAAGAGACAGCAAUUGCUCAGAGCACAGCAAUUUGAACGCAGGGUUUUGGGAAGUUACAGGGUCAAAUAUAGCAUGUUACACUUUUCAGUUUUUUCACAUUGAAAUUCGCCAGUUUGGUUAUGUUGCCUUUGAGACUGUAUGGUAGCCCAGGAAUGAGAAUUACCCCCAUGAUGGCAUACCAUUUGCAAUAGUAGACAGCCCAAGGUAUUGCAAAUUGGGUAUGUCCAGUCUUUUUAGUAGCCACUCGGAUGCCCAUGAUCUGCAUGCUUGGCUGACAUCAUCAGAAGGGUUGCUCAAUACAAUCACAAUGCUUCCCCAUUGGAAAGCAGUGGCUUGGCUAAGCUUGUCUAGGAGGCAGAUCAGGGGCAGAGCCAGCACAAGCAAAACAGAGCCUUGGCCAAUCAUCCUCUCCUCCUAGAAAUGCAUUGAAUCAAGGCAUAUCUAUGAGGAAAGUUCAGUGGAGGCACUGAAUGUCAGUCACAUUGUGCAGCACUGUCCCAGGAAGCACCUCUAGUAGCCAUCUGAAGAGUGACCAGUGCAGGAAUCCCUAAGCUGUAUUGUAAACAUUGCAUUUUUUUCUGGAAAAAAACAGUUUACUGCAAAAAACCUGAAGGUAUUGAUUAUGCUCACCACAACAAAUACAAUAAGCUGUAGUUGUUCUGGUGACUAUAGUGUCCCCUUAUGUCCAAAUCAGAUCUUUCCCCAUGCUGCUUCUGUACACAUGCAUCGUCCACAGGUCAAGAGUGUAGAAUGGCUCCUGUUUGCUUAUUCUAAUACCAGCUUAUUAGCUUAUAGAUCUCAUAAUAACUGAUAAGUAGAACUGCAGUUGGGGCAAAGUUUUUAUGCCUCCAAACAAGGAAGUCCAGCAUAAACAAGGUCCCCAAACAAGGAAAUCUAGCAUAAUAUUGUUCUUCACUGAACAGCGUUGGAAGUCUUCCCAGGUGCAUCUUGUUCCUGGUCUGGGAUUUUCUGCUGCAGCACAUGUCGUUUAAGGAAUUAAACUGUAUUUGCAAAAAUCCCCAGAUCUUUGACUGACACCCCUUUAAACCUGCCAUCUCCCACCAUUAUUACACUUCUUGUGGUAAUAGAGGGUUUUGUAUUCAGGACGACCAAGUUUUAUAGUAGCGUUGUGGGGAAUUCCGAAUUUGCUGUGAGUUGUUGCAUCUCUUACAUCUGUCAGUAUAUUGUGUAGUUCUACCUGAGAGGGCGGUGUCUGCUUGUUCCAAUGUCGGGCCAAUGCUCUUCUGUCCACCAGUGCCACUGUAGCUAUCAGCUUGUUUUCAUUUCUUUGUAGGCCUUCCUCCAACACCCUGUUUGAUGUUGUGACUUGCAUUUGAUGUAGGCGUACCGGUGUAAGGUACCAUCUGAAGAGGUUUUUGUAUCCCUGCUCUUUAUGGGGUGACACAUAGGAAGAUUCGAUUUGUAGGCAGUCCCUAUGUACUAGGAUAGCUACUACAUUUCUCUUCCGACUAUUGGAAGUGAUUUGGGUAUGUGCCGUAUUAGAGGGUGUUGCGGGAUGAGAAAUGUGUUUCCUGGAUAAGUGCUAUGUCAGUAUGCGUUCGUUAGAGGUUGUUGAAGCAUUGCCUUUUCUUUGGAGUAUUUAAAUCAAGGAUAAAAAGGUAAAAGGAAGUUGUGUAAUUUAGCUGGGUGCAAAGCCAUGUGGUAGAGAGUUCAUGAACUCAGCCAAGCAAUGCAUUGCCGCGGGUUACUAUGGCAAUUGCUGUGACACUUAAAGUAUCUGAGUUUGUGCGAUCGCUACCACAUGGUCUGCAGCUCUGCACCCGGCCAAGCUGUAUGCUGGAUUGCUAGCCCUCCGGACCACUAGACCACCUGAAAAUUUAUUAUUUAGGAGCGAGAAAAGAUGACGUUUCACAGUGGGCAGGCUGGUCACUAAAACACAGCCUCUUCAUAGUGUAACCCCCCAUAUACAUACACUGUCACCACACACACUUCACCCUCACUAGAGAUAGAGCAAUGGCACUGGCAGGCUUUUUGGAGGCACAUUAUUCAUUGUCAUGAUAUACACAUUUUAUAAAUUUACAGCGAUUUGGAAUGUUAUCCAGGAUGUGUGCAUUUUGUGUUCAUUGGCAUGAUAUACCAGGUUUAUGCAUUUAUUGCUCAUUGGCAUUAUAUAUAUCAAGUUUAUGGAUUUGUUGUUUAUUGGCACGAUAUCACGUUAAUGCAUUUACUGCUCAUUGGCUUGAUAUACAAGGUUUAUUCAUUUAAUGCAUUAAUAGCAUUCCUUUGCUGGAAAAUCCUUCUGAACUAAUUUUACUAAAUGCUUGCCUGGUUGGGGAGAUCUCCCUUAUUUAUUAAUGAUGUCCAAGUGUCAAGUGGGCAGUGAAAUUGCUCCCCAGGCUGCUCUCUGACCACUUUUCAUCUAAAUUCCCAAGUUCAUAGCACUUUAAUUCUUUCAAUUUAAUUAUCUUGUAUGUUUAUCAACACAUCUAUUUUGUUUAUGUACUUAUGUCUAUUGCUGAUUUGGGUUGGCAAAAAAGGCCACUAAAAAUGUUUGGCCUCUGCUCACUCCCCAUGUUUGACUGUGCUGAUGUGCAUGCAUGACUGCAUGGGGGGGUGGGAGAUAGCAUUUGAAUUGGAAGCGUAUGAAAAGUCGGAACUGGUUACUAAACUGUUUGAAUCAAACUACUGUGGAAAGGUCUAUCAGUUUGCUCAAUGUGAGUAGAUUACAAAAGACGUAUAGCAUCUCAAACACAAACUUGUAUGUACACAUAAACACUUAGCCCUUAAAUGUAAGGUUAGCGACAUGAAAUAUACUUGUGUUGAUCUAACAUUUAUCAAAACGUUUAGAAACAUUUCCCCUUUAACAUUGUAUUGUAUUGUAAUCUGGGGAUCUGAGCUAUUUAGUUUGGUUAUCUGUUAGGGUUGAGACUAGAAGUAACUAAUUAGGGCCUUGCUUAGGCUCUUUGGGUUUGGUGACUACCUCUUAUGGGAGGGUUACGUCUGUGUAUUCUAUGUGGUACAGGGGAGUUUUAGCCUGGAAUGUUGAGUUAAAUCAAAUUAAGAUAUUAAGGUAUGAUAAGCAAGUUUAUCUUGGUAGAAAUUGUAUAACAGUAGUUCAUUUUUGGUUCCAUUUUUUAGUUUUUUGGUUUAUGGUUUCUAUUGUUCGUGGAAUAGCAGUAGGUGAGCAUCUUUAAAGACUGGGUUCUUGCGCCUUGCUGCUGCCAUAAUCUUUUGCUUCAUGCAUAACAGAGGGAAUCUGAUGACAUCUCAGGGUAGGGAGUCACAGCUUGUCGUGGUGCUCUAUGGGCCCUGAAGUCUUCUUUGGUGAGGUCUGGCGCUAUGGCUGAGAAUAUUUUGUGUAGGACAGGGCAUAAUGCAUCCAGGGAGACCCUUUCUGGUAGGCCGUGUAAGCAAACGUUGUGUAGUGUCAAUGCACUCUAGGCCAGUGCUUCGAUGUCUUAUCUGAUUUUAUUGAUUUGAAAGAUUAGUUCCUCAAAACACAUCUGCACUUUGUUGAACAGUUGAUCCAGGUCCUCAUUUGUAGAGCUCUUUAAAUUGAAGUUUAGAAUAAUUGGGUAAAAAUAUGAAUCAAUCAUUAAAUUUUUCCUUUUGUCUUUCCAGGUCUUGCAGAUACUGGAUUUCUAUGCCCGUGUCUAUGAAGAUCUCUUGGCUAUCCCUGUAGUAAGAGGAAAAAAGACAGAGAAAGAAAAAUUUGCAGGAGGGGAUUACACAACAACAGUGGAAGCAUUCAUAUCUGCCAGCGGCCGAGCCAUUCAGGUGUGUAUCAAGCUGACCGCAGAAGUACUUUGUCCAACUCUGUCUCUCCAAAUUGUGUCAUUCUUCUAAACUAUGGAAAGGAAAACCAGCAAUAGGUGCUCAAAGGGGCACUCAAUGCACCAUAAACACAACAGCACAUUUUAGUGCUUAUGCUACUGCAAGUCAUAAUGAACUUCUCUGUUUUUUUUUUUUGUCAAAUUAGGGACAUAGCUCAAACCUAUUCAGCUGCACUGAUAAUGUAAAUGCAGCACUUCUGCAUUAUCAGAUGUAAUUCUAAUUGACCGCAAUGAGAGAGCUAGAGGCACGUUAGCCCAGCUAUCUUGCCCUAACAUUGUCAUCAUGUUUUAUGGAUUUGCAGCUGAUGAUGUGGAAGUGUUUCUUUUUUUAAAUUUAUUUUUCAUGCAACUGAGGCGUGCGUAGUUUGUGGGCAUGGGUGUAGGAACCCCCACAAAUCAUUUUUACUCGCUGGCCACCGGGUAUAUUCUUAUUCUGUAAACUGGGAGUUGUUUAUAACGUUAAAGUAAGUUUGUGUGUGUACAGAUUGCAGCUGGGCAGGGGUGUUGUUGAUUGGCUAGAGAGGUCACCUGAUGCUCUAAGCGAGGAUUACCCAAACUCCGGCCCUCCAGAUGUUGCUGACCUACAACUCCCAUGAUUCUAUGAAUGAAAUAGAUAGGCUGAGAAUCAUGGGAGUUGUAGUUCAGCAAUAUCUGGAAGGCCAGAGUUUGGGGAAGCCUUCGUCUAAGCCAAUCAGUAAUUCUUUGCCAUACCCAACCUGCGGCGCAAUUACACAGCGGCGCUCUGACCUUUCUGAAACUCCGUUUCAGAAGCUGAAUCCUGCUGGGGGACCUAAAGAUCUAGGAUAGGUUUUAACUCAUUAAGUUAAUAGAGCGCCCGGGGGCCUACUGGCACAGCAACAACUUCAUUUAGGUUACGUUGUUAUGGUGAACAGUGAAUACAUUGAUAGUUUUGUUUUUAUUUUACCUGGGAUUAUGAGUCUGCCUGUCAGGUACCAAAGCCUCAGCCCAGUGUCAAGGAUGAAGUGGAGGGAUCACUUGUCGUCCACGUUGUCCUUUCUGUUCCAAUCUCCUUUUCUUUGCCUCCUUCUGACACGGUCUUCUUCUGCUCUCCCCUCUUUUCCUUUUGCUUUCCAUUCCUUUUCUUUUGCUCUCCUCCUGCUUUCCAUUCCUUUUCUUUUGCUCUCCUUCUGCUUUCCCCUCCUUUUCUUUUGCUCUCCUUCUGCUUUUCCCUCCUUUUCUUUUGCCCUCCUUCUGCUUUUCCCUCCUUUUCUUUUGCCCUCAUUCUGCUUUUCCCUUUUCUUUUGCUCUCCUUCUGCGUUUCCCUUUUCUUUUGCCCUCCUUCUGCUUCCCCUCCUUUUCUUUUGCUCUCCUGCUUCCCCUCCUUUUCUUUUGGUCUCCCCUCCUUUUCUUUUGCUCUCCCCUCCUUUUCUUUUGCUCUCCCCUCCUUUUCUUUUGCUCUCCCCUCCUUUUCUUUUGCUCUCCCCUCCUUUUCUUUUGCCCUCCUGCUUACCCCUCCUUUUCUUUUGCCCUCCUGCUUACCCCUCCUUUUCUUUUGCUCUCCUGCUUUCCCCUCCUUUUCUUUUGGUUUCCCCUCCUUUUCUUUUGCGUCCUCUCCUUUUCUUUUGCUCUCCUACUGCUUUCCCCUCCUUUUCUUUUGCUCUUCUUCUGCUUUCCCCUCCUUUCAUUAUUCCUUUUGCUCUGCUCUUGCUACCUAUCCUUCAGUUAGUCUCCUUGUUUCUUUUUCUUCUCUUCUUCUAGGAAUGCAGGGGGGGUUAGGUCACGCAGUGACGUCAUCGGCGUCACAGCGUGCGCCACAAUUGGCUGGUAAUCUAUACUAUCCGCUACCGCAUAGCGACAAGACUGCGGAUUGGCCGAUUGCUAGAAGGUUGAGUGCAGGAGGAGGAGACUCACUCCAGCAUGGAUGGAACCUCUGUGAGGGGGUAUUAGUAUCGCCGGCGCGACGGUAAUGCAGAAGCCAAUGGUUUGCGGUGGCUAUUUGAAGUUAAGCUAAAGCUACAGUGGGGAAAGUGAUGGAAACCAUGUUAAAGGAUAGGAUUGAUGAACAUCUAAAAACACAUGGAUUUCAAGAUCAGAGACAACAUGGGUUUACUUCAGGGAGAUCAUGCCAAACUAAUCUUAUUGAUUUUUUUGAUUGGGUAACUAAAAUUAUAGAUCAGGGUGGUGCAGUAGACAUUGCUUACCUAGAUUUCAGUAAGGCUUUUGACACUGUUGCACAUAGAAGGCUUAUCAAUAAAAUGCAAUCUUUAAGUUUGGAUUCCAAUAUUGUUGAAUGGGUAAGGCAGUGGCUGGGUGACAGGCAACAGAGGGUUGUAGUUAAUGGAAUAUAUUCGAAGCUUGGACUUGUCACCAGUGGGGUACCUCAGGGAUCUGUACUUGGACCCAUUCUCUCUAAUAUUUUUAUUAGUGAUAUUGCAGAAGGUCUUGAUGGUAAGGUAUGUCUUUUUGCUGAUGAUACUAAGAUCUGUAACAGGGUUGAUGUUCCAGGAGGGAUAAGCCAAAUGACAAAUGAUUUAGCUAAACUAGAAAAAUGGUCAGAAUUGUGGCAACUGACAUUUAAUGUGGAUAAGUGCAAGAUAAUGCAUCUUGGACGUAAAAACCGAAGGGCAGAGUACAGAAUAUUUGAUAGAGUCCUAACCUCAACAUCUGAGGAAAGGGAUUUGGGGUGAUUAUUUCUGAUGACUUAAAGGUAGGCAGACAAUGUAAUAGAGCAGCAGGAAAUGCUAGCAGAAUGCUUGGUUGUAUAGGGAGAGGUAUUAGCAGUAGAAAGAGGGAAGUGCUCAUGCCAUUGUACAGAACACUGGUGAGACCUCACUUGGAGUAUUGUACACAGUACUGGAGACCGUAUCUUCAGAAGGAUAUUGAUACCUUAGAGAGGUUCAGAGAAGGGCUACUAAACUGGUUCAUGGAUUGCGGGAUAAAACUUACCAGGAAAGGUUAAAGGAUCUUAACAUGUAUAGCUUGGAGGAAAGACGAGACAGGGGGGAUAUGAUAGAAACAUUUAAAUAUAUAAAGGGAAUCAACACAGUAAAGGAGGAGACUAUAUUUAAAAGAAGAAAAACUACCACAACAAGAGGACAUAGUCUUAAAUUAGAGGGGCAAAGGUUUAAAAAAUAAUAUCAGGAAGUAUUACUUUACUGAGAGGGUAGUGGAUGCAUGGAAUAGCCUUCCAGCUGAAGUGGUAGAGGUUAACACAGUAAAGGAGUUUAAGCAUGCGUGGGAUAGGCAUAAGGCUAUCCUAACUAUAAGAUAAGACUAGGGACUAAUGAAAGUAUUUAGAAAAUUGGGCAGACUAGAUGGGCCGAAUGGUUCUUAUCUGCCGUCACAUUCUAUGUUUCUAUGUUUCUAUGUCAUGAGUACAAAUUUCACUUAUGAACCGCUCCAUUGCAGCAGUAAGGGCUACCCAGCUCUCUCUUGGUCUUAAAAAUCAAGGAGUUUCAAAGUUUUAGAAUUCUCAAAAACAGCUAUAUUGAAUUAUAGAAUGUGUUAUCAAAGCUAUAUACUUUAAUUUCUUAAUUUAGACAUUAAAUAUCUGUCCCAUGGGGCUAACAAAUGGUUCUCUGUCAAAGGCGAAUGAUCACCACCCUCUUUUUAUAUUCUGUGUACUCAUCCCUGUAUAUUACCCUUUAAAGACGGAGGCAGUUGCUCAAAUUCUAGGUUUUGUUUCAGAACUUGGACGACAUGAUUGUUCAACCAUAAUUUACCUCUUUCAUAUUAAGUGCACCCAGACUUAUUAUAGAUCAUUUUAUUCAGUACAAAUACUAGAAGAAACACUAGUUUAUAACAUUUUGUGACACUCGAAUAGUGAUAUCUCUGCUUCCGACCAAAAUGAGGGAAGAGAGAGGUAGGAUACAGUGUCACAGCCCAUGGUACAAGUCACUGACUGUGAUAAUUUAUCAGUGAUCACAGUGACAGGUUGCAAACUAAAUGUAUGCAUUCUAUCUUCUUUAUUUUGCAAUAAAACAAACAUAUCCUGUUUUUAUCACUCGGCUUUGUUUGCAAUGUUUGCCCUGGCUUUGCCUUUUCUAAGCUAGAUCAUGAUGACAUUGCACGGUAAAGGGCUAUGGUGAUUUUUAGUGUUUAAUUCAGUGCUGUUAAUUACAUAGAAGGCACAGAUCCUCUUUAAAUUGCUACAUAAACUGGCUUACCCAGUAUAUUAAAGAUACAAAGUUUUUAGAGGGUGAUUUUUUUAUUAUUUUUUUUUAUAACAUUUUUUUAUUUAAUGGCUUCUAAAUUUUUUGACUUGAUUUUCUGAACUUUUGUUUUUAGGGGGCAACAUCACAUCAUCUUGGCCAGAACUUUUCUAAAAUGUUUGAAAUUGUGUUUGAAGACCCCAAAACUCCUGGAGUUAAACAGUAUGCCUAUCAGAACUCCUGGGGUAUUACAACUAGGACAAUUGGAGUGAUGACCAUGAUCCAUGGAGACAAUAUGGGCCUGGUAUUACCACCUCGUGUAGCCUGUGUCCAGGUAUGUAUUGAUCUUCUUAUCAGAGGCUGAAGUACCAAUUCUAAUAAAAUGACUAGCUGAUGUAGGUGUGAAAAUACAUGGUGACUCCUGGACAUGCUGGCUUGUGUGCACUUAGACCUUCACCUUGGAAUUUUCCUUACGGACAUUUAGUUUUGAAAAAUUGGGAACUUUAUAGAUGAGAAACAAGAGGGAGACUAAAGAUGUUUGGGAAGCUGAGAGAAAGGGCAACAAACAUAUCCAUGAUUUGUUUUCCUUCAGUAGUAUUCAGUAGCUGUUGGAGCGUUUUACCAUACAGAAAUCUUUCUAGUGCAGUAUUUAGGGGAUGUAUUCAAUGGUUAUGUGACAGAUUCCUUUAACACUUAGUUGGAGCACUUUUUGAACAAGCAACGUAUAAAAAUACUCCUUUUUCCAACUCUCCAUACAAUUGUUUUUAUAGCAUUUCAGUUUGAAAUAGCAAUUAAUAUAAUCUGGUAGAUGAGUGUGCUUGAGGAGACAUGCAAGGUUUUUUAAUAAAAUAAAGUUUUUGGGCAAUCCGUAGACUAAGCCAGCCAGCCAGGGGGCUAAUACGUCCACAGACCAUAUAGUGCCUGAUUGAUCAGUCUAUUCAUCUAUUGUAAAGAUAGUUUAUAUUGUAUAAAGAUUGUUUAUGGUAGAUCAACAUCCUUUUCAGUGUAAAUGCUGUCAUUUAUCUUACUGGGUUAUUUUGUUGUCGCUCAAGACUGGACACUUACAGGCCCUCCAUUUCGAACCGUUCUUUCAUGUUAGAACUUACAAAAGCAGGCUUUAAAAUAAACCGAGUGGAAGGGUAGCUUCUGUCUAGCAUCAUGAACCGUUUAUUAUUCAAUGGUAAAUGUAGAGUUCUUGACUGUGUUUGCAGGUGAUUAUAAUACCAUGUGGAAUUACAAACACUCUCUCCGAGGAAGACAGAGAUGCCCUCGUAAAGAAAUGCAACGAGUAUCUGAAGCGCCUUUUAAAUGUGGACGUCCGGGCGAGAGCUGACCUCCGGGACAACUAUUCACCUGGCUGGAAGUUCAAUCACUGGGAGCUCAAGGUUAUUAACUUGAAUUUAUUGAGCAGAGUUCAUUCUUUUUCUGUCACGCGUUGGUCCCAUAUCAUGAUACGGUUACAGGAAUGUUGAAUUAUAGCAUUAUGCUGAUACGUUUAUUUUUUAUUAUUGCAGGUUAUUGCAGUUUCCUCAUCCGGUUAUAAUUGGCUGUAAAAGGAAUAUUAUAAAAAACAAAAAUUUUUAAAAUAACCUCUUACUGUACUUUAUAUGUGACUGAUUAAUGUGUUUUAAGCUCAUAUUGGUUAACCAUUGGUCUUAGAAGAGAUAACUUAUCGCAACUAUGUUUUUUAUUAAAUAAAUCGUCUGUACAGUUUAGCUGCUGGUAAACAUACUGUGUUUUUAUAUGUAUAUAUUUUAUUGUAAAUAAGGGAAAGGGCAUAAAAAUACCAGACUGUUAAAGAAGUUUGAAAACAUAAAAAAUUGCUUUAACAUAGUACUUUUCACUGUUUAUAUAAGAGACAAGUAAACAUUUAUAGCUUCUUCUCUGCACUCCCGUUGAUGGAGAGAAUUGCCCACCUGUAAACUGUGAUGGCAGAUAUGCACGUAUAUGGAAAUGGCAUAUUAAAGCAGCACUGUCACCACCCACGAAAAAUUUGUAUUUCAUAAAAACAGAAUAUUUUCUACGCCUGACACUUCUAGACACUGAGCGAAGCUACCGCCGUCUUGGAGUGUCAGUCCCCCAGCACUCACCAGUGAAGGCUUCAGGGAUUUUGCUCUGUUUCUGGAGGAUCCCACAGUCUUGUGGUAUCCUCCGUAAACCUCAGUGCUGUACUCUUGCGCAUGCUUGACUACAGCAGUGACAGCGGAAGUGCUAGGACCUGAAGAGUACUAGCAGAGGAAGAUAGGUGCUAGGAUCUGAAGAGUACUAGCCAGAGGAAGAUAGCCAUGUUUAGGUUAUGUACACCUUUUCCUGCCCUCUCAUCCCAAAGUACCUCCAGUGGUCAUGUCCACAGACGGGAACAGUGCCAUUUUAAAGAAACACUAGCAUUAGGAAUACAAAUGUGUAUUCCUAUUUCUAUAGUGACCUAGGUUUCUGGCCCCCUGUAUGAAGGAAAAAAAAAAGUUUAACUUUUCUCCCACACUGCUUCCUUGAAGACUUCAGCCAAUCCAAUGCUUUCCUAAGGGAGGCUAGUGCACAUGUGCGGCAAAAUGCCACGCUGCGUCAAUCAGAUGAUCUCUUUGAUAACACUCAGAACGACAGGCGGAUGCGUAUUAGGGACUUUAACUUGUGGCUUGGUGAAUGGUGUCGGGAGCAAGGGUUUGGCUUUAUUUCUCAUGGUAGCUCUAUUUGGAAUGGAAAUAAACUGUACAAAAAAGAUUGUUUGCAUCUUUCUCAAAAGGGAACAAAUGUUCUCAGUGAGCAGUUCAGAGGUUUUGCUAGGAUGUAUUUAAACAAGGGGGGAUGACGACAAAAGGGUGAUAAAACAUCAAUCCAAUUGUCCCCCCAAAACAAGGACAGAAGGUGUCUGUAGCAAGUGUGUUAAAAAAUGAUAAGCUUAGAGUCAUGUCUACAAAUACAAAAGGGAAAUGGAUCAGCGCUGCGUGAUAUACUAGGAGGUUAGAAACAAGUAUGCUCGCAGUUUAGGGAAUAAGAUCCGUGAACUUGUGGCAAUAAUGGCAACUGAUAGUGUAGAUUUAGUCGCUGUUACUGAGACAUGGUAUAAUGAGAAAAAUGACUGGGACAUAGCAAUAUCAGGGUACUCUUUAUAUAUAAAAGACAGGGAAGGCAAGAAAGGGGGAGGGGUGGCCCUGUAUGUGAAGGAUAGCAUAAAAUCUAGCCUAAUAAAAGUUAGUGAGGCGAACAUCACGUUUGGGUUAAGUUAGAAUUUGGUAAUCACACAGUAACUCGUGUAGGUGUGAUUUAUAGGCCCCCAAGACAAAUUGAAGAGUUAGAUAAUCUACUAGCUGAGGAAAUAGCUAAAAUGACUAUGAAGGGGGAAGUUAUUAUCAUGGGUGACUUUAAUCUUCCUGAUGUGAAUUGGAAAACAAAAAUAGCUGCUUGUGCCAGGAGCACACAUAUUCUAAACUCCCUACGGGGAUUGUCUCUAAAACAAGUCGUUGAGGAGCCAACUCGUAAAGAGGCCAUACUAGAUUUAGUGUUAACAAAUGGAGAUUUGGUAUCAGAUAUUACUGUAGGUGAACGUUUAGGAUCCAGUGAUCAUCAGUCAGUGUGGUUUAAUAUAAGAACAGUGACUGAGUCACACCACUCAAAAACAAAAGUUUUAGACUUUAGAAAAACAGACUUUUCUAAAAUUAGAAUAUGUGUAAAGGAGUGAUUAUCAGACUGGAUCAAUUUAAAUGGAGUCCAAGAGAAAGUGGAUUAUUUAAAAGUUGCACUACUGAAGGCAACAGAAAAUUGCAUUAGGCUUGUCAGUAAAAGCAAAAAAUUCAAGAAACCACUGUGGUACUCCGCAGAUGUGGCCAAAAUAGUAAAAAAACAAAAAGUUAGCAUUUAGUAAUUAUAAAAAAACCCAGAGUGAAGAAGACAAAAUGAUCUAUAAGAUUAGGCAGAAAGAGGCUAAGCAAGUUAUAAGAGCUUCCAAAUCACACACAGAAGAGAAAAUAGCACAGUCAGUAAAAAAGGGGGACAAAACAUUUUUUAGAUACAUAAAUGAGAAAAGAAAAGUAAAACAAGGAUUAGUUAGAUUAAAAACAAAAGAAGGAAGGUAUGUAGAAGAGGAUAAAGGUCUAGCUGACUGCCUCAAUGAAUAUUUUUGUUCGGUAUUUACAGAUGAAAAUGAAGGAAAGGGACAUCAGUUAAGAAAAAGGAUAGAUGAGUCAUUUAUUACAUGUGAGUUUACAGAGGAAGAGGUUCUAUUUCAACCGUCAAAAGUAAAGACAAGUCAAUGGGACCGGACUGAAUACACUCAAAGCUAUUAAAAGAGCUUAGUGGUGUACUAGCAAAACUAUUAACAUAUUUAUUUAACCAAUCAUUGUUAACAGGAGUAGUCCCAGAAGAUUGGAAGUUAGAGAAUGUUGUGCCCAUUUACAAGAAAAGUAAUAGGGAGGAGUCGGGCAACUAUAGGUCAGUAAGCCUUACUUCAGUAGUGGGGAAAGUGAUGGAAACCAUGUUAAAGGAUAGAUAGGAUUGUUGAACAUCUAAAAACACAUAGAUUUCAAGAUCAGAGACAACAUGGGUUUACUUCAGGGAGAUCAUGCCAAACUAAUCUUAUUGAUUUUUUUUGAUUGGGUAACUAAAAUUAUAGAUCAGGUUGGUGCAGUAGACAUUGCUUACCUAGAUUUCAGUAAGGCUUUUGACACUGUUGCACAUAGAAGGCUUAUCAAUAAACGUCAAUCUUUAAGUUUGGAUUCCAAUAUUGUUGAAAGGGUAAGGCAGUGGCUGAGUGACAGGCAGCAGAGGAUUGUAGUCAAUGGAGUAUAUUUGAAGCUUGGGCUUGUCACCAGUGGGGUACCUCAUGGAUCUGCACUUGGACUCAUUCUCUUUAAUAUUUUUAUUAGUGAUAUUGCAGAAGGUCUUGAUGGUAAGGUAUGUCUUUUUGCUGAUGAUACUAAGAUAUGUAACAGGGUUGAUGUUCCAGGAGUGACAAGCCAAAUGGCAAAUGAUUAAGGUAAACUAGAAAAAUGGUCAGAGUUGUGGCAACUGAUAUUUAAUGUGAAUAAGUGCAAGAUAAUGCAUCUUGGACAUAAAAACCCAAGGGCAGAGUACAGAAUAUUUGAUAGAGUUCUAACCUCAACAUCUGAGGAAAGGGAUUUAGGGGUGAUUAUUUCUGAUGACUUAAAGGUAGGCAGACAAUGUAAUAGAGCAGCAGGAAAUGCUAGCAGAAUGCUUGGUUGUAUAGGGAGAGGUAUUAGCAGUAGAAAGAGGGAAGUGCUCAUGCCAUUGUACAGAACACUGGUGAGACCUCACUUGGAGUAUUGUACACAGUACUGGAGACCGUAUCUUCAGAAGGAUAUUGAUACCUUAGAGAGGGUUCAGAGAAGGGCUACUAAACUGGUUCAUGGAUUGCAGGAUAAAACUUACCAGGAAAGGUUAAAGGAUCUUAACAUGUAUAGCUUGGAGGAAAGACGAGACAGGGGGGAUAUGAUAGAAACAUUUAAAUAUAUAAAGGGAAUCAACACAGUAAAGGAGGAGACUAUAUUUAAAAGAAGAAAAACUACCACAACAAGAGGACAUAGUCUUAAAUUAGAGGGACAAAGGUUUAAAAAUAAUAUCAGGAAGUAUUACUUUACUGAGAGGGUAGUGGAUGCAUGGAAUAGCCUUCCAGCUGAAGUGGUAGAGGUUAACACAGUAAAGGAGUUUAAGCAUGCGUGGGAUAGGCAUAAGGCUAUCCUAACUAUAAGAUAAGGCCAGGGACUAAUGAAAGUACUUAGAAAAUUGGGCAGACUAGAUGGGCCGAGUGGUUCUUAUCUGCCGUCACAUUCUAUGUUUCACAAUUAAUGAAAGGAUCAGAUUACCUAAAUCUCCAAAAAUGUGUUUAAUUUGGGACAAAUUAAACCACCCCUCCAACAAAUAUACUUUGGUACUCUGAGCUACUUACUGCUCAAGAACAUGGACAUAUAACAAGGAAGUUAGACCGCUUCAUGUGUAAUGGUGUUCACAGCUAGCAGGGAUUUCGCUGUUGGCAAAUUCUAUAUUCUAUUCUGUAGUGGCCAUGCUGCUUGGAAGGUCCGUUUUAAAGGGAAAGGGGAAAUAAAACACAAAGUUUUAUGGGAAUGAAGUUGUUGAACAUAAAAUAUCUAGUUUUCUCUCUAGGUAAACAUCCUCUGUUUUUCAAGUUUCAUUGACUGGUUUUCAGAGUUAGCGAUUGAACUCUUUAGGUUCUAUGAACUUUUCUCCUUUUCGAAAUAAUCCUCUACUUAUGUUGUAAAGAAAAGCCAUAAAACAAUAGACCAGAAACUUUAAAUUAACAGUUAGCCUUUGCUACGCAGUUAUACUGUAUAAUGACUGCCAUCAACAACAAGACUAUAAAGAGAAGAAACAUUUUGCUGACACACAGGUUGGCCUAGCUGUGUUUUCAGAUAUCGCUACAAAUCAUGAUUGAAAUGCUUACCAUUAUAUCCUGCAAUUUACCAAGUUCCUUGCUAUUUCCCCUGUCUUGAUUAUGAUAUGGCACCCCUCUCCCCCCUUCCUUGCUUGUUUUAAAAAAAAUUUUUAAAAAAUUAUUGUAGUUCUUUCACCCUAAACAUGUUUAAUCUUUCACAGGGGGUUCCAAUAAGACUAGAAGUAGGACCAAGAGACAUGAAAAACCACCAAUUUGUAGCCGUCCGACGUGACACUGGAGACAAACUCACAAUCCCAGAGGACCAGGCAGAAAAGAAGCUAAAGGACAUCUUAGAAGAUAUCCACUUUAGUCUGUACAACAGGUUGGAUUGCUAAUCAUUCAAAUUUUAUUUUCUUAAAAUGUUUGUUAUAUGGAGAACAAUUGGUAUCAGCCACUGGAGUGUUCCUUUAAGAAUCACUAGGCCUGUAGUGGUUAAAGUGCCAUGGCACUACUGGCACCCUUGCAUUAUAUAUAGUCAAAUCGUUUUUUAAAACCACUUUGCUUCUUACCUCGGCUCGAAAAUGGUUUGAAUACUUUCAAAGGGGAGACAUGCGGGGCUCUCCGUAGGGUUUAUGGUUUCAGAUUGUUUUUAACAUGGCUUUGCACUGAUAUCCUGUAUUGGUUAUUCUGCUAAUGUAGAUUUUUUCUUCAUCUCUGUGUAGAGGUGCGGAUAAGCCCAUGUCUAAUGCUAUGAAGGAUUGUACUUUGAUUGGUUUUGGUAGCUAUGCUGACUCCAUCCUGGCACAUUCUAGUACUUAGAUCUUCUGCUACAUUAUUGUUAUUAUUAACGGCUCCCUCUGAGGGUACUGGGAAGUAGGAGGUUGCCAGCUCCACUGAGGGUACUAAUACGGAGGCUGUAACUAGCUCCCCCAAGCUUACUGGGAAGUAGGCUGUUAGCAGCUCCCCCGAGGGUACUGGGAAGUAGGCUGUUAGCAGCUCCCCCGAGGGUACUGGGAAGUAGGCUGUUAGCAGCUCCCCCGAGGUUACUGGGAAGUAGGCUGUUAGCAGCUCACCCGAGGUUACUGGGAAGUAGGCUGUUAGCAGCUCCCCUGAGGUUACUGGGAAGUAGGCUGUUAGCAGCUCCCCCGAGGGUACUGGGAAGUAGGCUGUUAGCAGCUCCCCCGAGGUUACUGGGAAGUAGGCUGUUAGCAGCUCCCCCGAGGGUACUGGGAAGUAGGCUGUUAGCAGCUCCCCCGAGGGUACUGGGAAGUAGGCUGUUAGCAGCUCCCCCGAGGGUACUGGGAAGUAGGCUGUUAGCAGCUCCCCCGAGGGUACUGGGAAGUAGGCUGUUAGCAGCUCCCCCGAGGGUACUGGGAAGUAGGCUGUUAGCAGCUCCCCCGAGGGUACUGGGAAGUAGGCUGUUAGCAGCUCCCCCGAGGGUACUGGGAAGUAGGCUGUUAGCAGCUCCCCCGAGGGUACUGGGAAGUAGGCUGUUAGCAGCUUCCCUACUGAGGGUACUGGGAAGUAGGCUGUUAGCAGCUUCCCUGAGGGUACUGGGAAGUAGGCUGUUAGCAAGGGUACUGGGAAGUAGGCUGUUAGCCCCCUGAGGGUACUGGGAAGUAGGCUGUUAGAAGCUCCCCGAGGGUACUGGGAAGUAGACUGUUACCAGUUCCCCUGAGGGUACUGGGAAUGAGGCUGUUACCAAGAGUACUGGGAAGUAGACUUUUGCCAGCUCCCCUGAGAAGGCUGUUGGCAGAAAGCUGCUUACUGCUGCAGAUCUACUUAAUACUGUUUCUCAUAUCAUUUUCAGAGCGCUCAAUGACCUAACAAGUCACAUGGUUACAGCUGACACUAUGGAAGAAUUUCAGAAGCAAUUGGACUCAGGAAAAGUAAGUUUUGUUUUAUUUGUCCUUUGCUGCACCAUCUAUUUUUCUUGCUAAAUGUCUAUUCUCAAUUAAUAAACAGUUACUCCUAGCAUUAUGGAUACAGCCUGCUGCAGUGUAUAUGAUGCCAAGACUAACCUCUCCUGGUUCCCCAGUAAUGUGGCAAACCAUUUAGUUUUGCCCUCUUACCUUACCCCUGUAAGGUUUGUAAGCGAUCUAUCCUCCUGGGUAAUGCUGUAUUGACCUCUGCAGAGCUGCACACAGACUAUCCCAAAUGUUCAGUUAUGCUGAUAGUUGAGAUUCUAAAGAUUAACUAUAUGUGAAAUCAUAUGUAAGUUGGAAAAAACAGACUGAUUUCCUGGAGACAUGCCUGGCUCCAUUUUGUGAAGCCAUACUAACUUUCUUUAGGCUGUAAGGUUGUUUUAGUGGGACCCGCUUGAUGUGGCAGGAGGACAAUUGUUUUGGGCCCUCAUAGAGCCAUCUAUUUUGUCCUGACACACAACUAUUCACCCAUUUACAAACAAUAAUGUGCCCACUCACCAGCAGCUGCAUUAGUGGUUCUGGUCUUGGGGUUAGAAUGCAACCAACCCCCUUCUCUUUACACAAAGACUUUACCACCAGUGUAUGAUGCUAUUUUUGUAACUUUCCACCCCCUCACACACACUUUCUUUUUUGUCUUUUAACCAUUCUGUGUUCACAGAUUGCAGCACAAGUUUAUCAGUCAUUCAAAUCAGAAAAACUAAUAGAGAAAAUGUAAUGCAUAUUAAAGGACCACUAUAGGCACCCAGGCCACUUCAGCUUAAUGAGGUGGUCUGGGUGCCUGGUCCAGCUUGGGUUAACCCUUUUUUCUAUAAACAUAGCAGUUUCAGAGAAACUGCCAUGUUUAUAUUAGGGUUAAUCCAGCCUCUAGUGGCUGUUUAAUUGACAGCCGCAAGAUGCGCUUCCUCGCUUCUCACUGUGAAAAUCACAGUGAGAAGACACCAGCGUCCAUAGGAAAGCAUUGUGAAUGCUUUCCUAUGGACUGGCUGAAUGCGCGCGUGGCUCCUGACGCGCAUUCAGCCGAAGAGGAGGAGGAGAGUUCCCCGCCCGACGCUGGAGAAAGAGGUAAGUUUAACCCUUUCCUCCCCCCAGAGCCCGGCGGGAGUUGGACCCUGAGGGUGGGGGCACCCUCAGGGCACUAUAGUGCCAGGAAAAAAAAAUGUUUUCCUGGCACUAUAGUGGUCCUUUAAGCUCUCACCUUUUCUUAGCAUCCUUUUAUCAUUGUUAGAGAAUGUACUAAUGUAAGCUAACAAGUGAAUUUAAAUAUCAUGAGUCUCUCCUUUUGAAUCGGUGCCAUUAUUUAUUGAUGGGUCACUGGGUUUAUCAAAGUCUGGUGUUAAAAGUACAUCUAUAGUACUGUGUGCCAACAUAAAGCUGUGUUAUCAACAGACAUUGUAUAUUUAAUUGUAUUGGCGUUGGCAUCAUAAAUUCUGCAGUAACUGGAUUGUCAACUGACACUUUUGCCUAAGAUUUGCCAGCACCAAGAUCUAGUCACGCAGUUAACCUUGUAGGGAUGUAAUAAAAGGCUAUCCCAAAGGUCAAUAUUUGACAUUUCAAAGAUGCAGAUUGGAAAAAGCCAAGCACAAUUCUCAAUAUCCAUUUCUCCUCCAGGGUAAAGUGCCCGGCUCCCUUUUUGUGUAAAAGGGUAAAAAAAUUGAUUAGAAAGCAUAGAACUGCUAUUAAGUGGUGAUUGUUCUAUAGGGAAACAGGGGUAAGGAAAUGUAAAAAAAAAGGCCAAGGUCAAAUACUGCCAAUCAGAUUGUCCUGACAAACACAAAUUGACCCAUACACGCUUCCAUCUCACCAGCAGCUGCCUCAGUGGAUACACUUUUGGGGUUGGGGCCUGUUCCAUUCAUUACCCACAGAGCCUUGACCGCUGAAAUACAGUGUCCUUAUGUAUCCGGGAGGAUCUUCAACUUUGUGCAUAUUGUGAGGAGCAGCCAGCUGCUGCAACUCCUCCCCACCACUAGCGUUAUUUCUGCACUCCAUACAAAGAAAAGCUUGCAUAGCAGCAGCAGUCAACUGGCAUCAACCUACUGCAGUCUGAUAUUUUGGUUGGCCAGUCCAGUGCUAAUCAAGCAAUUGCCAUGUUUGAAAUUGCCCAUGGUAGAGCUAAUGAGGAAGAAAACCAGGAAAUCUGCCUGACAUUCAAAAAUGCAUCUCCUGUGUAUCAGGCAAUAGGAAUUUUACACCAAAGGGCAAGCUAUUUAGUUUAAUUAGAUCUCUGUCAAAGCUAAUCUUCAAUGUAGAAUUGCAAUAAUUUGGUACUGGCACUAAACUUGCUUACGUUGCUGGUGGUACUAAACAUGCUUGCCUUGCUCUCCACAAAAGUAAUCAAUUGUUUAACAUCUCCUGUAUUGUUACAUACACUUAAAGGGACACUGUUGGCAUAAAAAAAACAUGUAAUGAAGCAGUUUGGGUUUAUUGAUCAUGACCCCACAGUCUCACUGCUCAAUUCUCUGUCAUUUAGGAAUUAAAUCACUUUUAUUUCUGUUUUUGCAGCCCUAGCCACACCUCCUCUAGCUGUGACCCACACAGCCUGCGUGGAAAAAAAGUUUAAUUUUCAAUCAGAUGUUAACUUGUUUUAGAAGUUUUAAUCUCCUGCUCUCUAAAUUGAACUUUACAUAUACGCGGGUAGCACAUGCAGGGUCUAGAACGCUACUAAUAGAUAGGAGAAAAUCUAGAUUAAAUUGACUGUCCAAUAAAGGAGCCUAGAAUAUCUAGGUUCCUUUUCAGGAACUGUUAAGGAAGACUGUGGGAGAUAUAACUAUUUGUGAAUAUGUUUAUUGGAUUUGCAACAAAUAUAUUUAGCUCAUGCAUGGAAGGUACACUGUUGAGGUUGACAAUUCAUAAAAUGUAAUUGUCGUGCAGGACCCAAUAUUCAGUAUUCACAGUUAUAGUUGACGGGACUCGCAGGUCCCUGAAGUCUAUCGGAAGAAUAACUUUUACAAUCAAUUAGAUCAACUUUUGCAUUUGUCUUUACCCCGCAUUACUCCAGCAUUAAACACCCUCCAAAUGUAACGGGAAUAAAGAACUAAGUUAAAACUAAACAAUAAAGGGAGGGAAAUGGAGUAGGGAAGGGAAAAGACACAUCGGAUGUGACUAGGGCUGUAUAAACAGUGAUCUCACUCCUUAAUGGCAGAGAAUUGACUGCAGGGGCAAUAUCUAUACACCAAAACUGCUACAUUAAGCAAACCUGAAAGUGUGAACACAAAAUGUUACAGAAGACCAUCAAUUCUCAUCCUCCUAACUUCAGUUGGCACUGUGCAGUCGGGCAGGUAGAAUUCUGCUGGCUCCAGAGUUGUAUUUUGUAAAGCCCAUUGUGAAACGGGAUAUACCACUACGUCACUAAUAAGAAUAUUCGUGUCCGUAUACUUUUGAGUACAUGUAGCAAAUUUUCAGAAAUCUGUAAAAUAGCCCUUGUCAUCAUGACCGAAAAGUAUCCACUAUUCAGCAGAAAAUAAAGCCUAACGAAGAUGCCUAAGUGUUUACGGUAGAUAAAUUGGAACCGGACAUACAAGGAAUGAGGGCACAACAAAAUGAGAUAAACUGAAACAAAUAUAUUAACAGUUACAAACUGUUAAAGACAAUAUAAAUAACAAUUGUUCUAAAACUCUGCAAAAUAAUAGGGGAAAAAUCAGGAUACAAGGCAGGCGUCUGGAAUCAGGACACAGGCCUCUGGCACAAAAGAGGUGGGGGACAGAUAAACAUUGACACAAUAGACAAGCCAGUGUUCUGCCAUCUGAGUAGAGAAAAUUGGUCUUAUAAAUAAGGUAAAUAAUAGGGUUACUGCAACCCUUUAGUUCAAAUUAAGUUUUUAGGAUUAGAAUACACAGUUGAACAUUAGCAAUCUGCUCCCCUUCCUUAACAGCCAAAUAAGUGUUAAAAGGUACCUGUAUUCCAGUGAAGUUCACGCCGCUGAACUUCCUCCUUCGUCUUGUCGUAAGCAGGGGCCUCUCUUGAUCCAAUCAAAUGCUUUCUAAAAAGACAUCUAUGAUUGCACUGUUCAGAGCACAUCUACACAGUAGGAAGACAAUGUAAUAGAGCAGCUGGAAAUGCUAGCAGAAUGCUUGGUUGUAUAGGGAGAGGUAUUAGCAGUAGAAAGAGGGAAGUGCUCAUGCCAUUGUACAGAACACUGUUGAGACCUCACUUGGAGUAUUGUACACAGUACUGGAGACCGUAUCUUCAGAAGGAUAUUGAUACCUUAGAGAGAGUUCAGAGAAGGGCUACUAAACUGGUUCAUGGAUUGUGGGAUAAAACUUACCAGGAAAGGUUAAAGGAUCUUAACAUGUAUAGCUUGGAGGAAAGACGAGACAGGGGGGAUAUGAUAGAAACAUUUAAAUAUAUAAAGGGAAUCAACACAGUAAAGGAGGAGACUAUAUUUAAAAGAAGAAAAACUACCACAGCAAGAGGACAUAGUCUUAAAUUAGAGGGACAAAGGUUUAAAAAUAAUAUCAGGAAGUAUUACUUUACUGAGAGGGUAGUGGAUGCAUGGAAUAGCCUUCCAGCUGAAGUGGUAGAGGUUAACACAGUAAAGGAGUUUAAGCAUGCGUGGGAUAGGCAUAAGGCUAUCCUAACUAUAAGAUAAGGCCAGGGACUAAUGAAAGUAUUUAGAAAAUUGGGCAGACUAGAUGGGCCGAAUGGUUCUUAUCUGCCGUCACAUUCUAUGUUUCUCUGUAUGUCUGGCGAGGGAUGGAGGAAUGUUCAGAGGAAUAAAAAGGCAAUAUCACAAUAGAGGGAGGCAGGUGGGAGCGCACCAUUGGAGGGAGGGAAUAAUUAUGUAGGGGUGCAACUAGAGCACAGCACACAAGUGCAAAUUUCUCUAUGUGUGCAUUGUUUUAAGCAAAAACGCUGCACAUACAGACUCCUACCACCAUAACCACUCCUCUUUUCUCCUGCCCCCCUAUUUCAUGCUCACAUAAUGCAGGGCAAAUUUGUCACUUGUGCUCAUAGUAAAGGGAAUAUGUUUAAAGGACCACUAUAGGCACCCAGACCACUUCAACUUAAUGAAGUGGUCUGGAUGCCAGGUCCAGCUAAGUUUAACCCUUUUUCAGAGAAACUGCUAUGUUUAUAUUAGGGUUAAUCCAGCCUGUAGUGGCUGUCUCAUUGACAGCCACUAGAGGGCUUCCGCGCUUCUCACUGUGAUUUUCACAGUGAGAAGACGCCAGCGUCCAUAGGAAAGCAUUGAGAAUGCUUUCCUAUGGACUGGUUGAAUGCGUGCGCGGCUCCUGCCGCGCAUGCGCAUUCAGCCGAGGAGGAAAGUUCCCCGUCCGGCGCUGGAGAAAGAGGUAAGUUUAACUCCUUCCUCUCCAUCCAGCCUGCCGGGAAAGGGCACCCUCAGGGCACUAUAGUGCCAAGAAAACUAGUGUUUUCCUGGCACUAUAGUGGUCCUUUAAAUGUUUUGUAUUCCUAGUCAUUUUCUUAUUGAGGUUCUGAUUUAUUCUUUUAUCAUUGUUAGAGAAUAUCCUAAUGUUAAUUUAAUAUUCUUUUGAAUCAGUGCUAUGGUUUAGUGAGGUGUCACAAGGUUUAUUUGAAAUCUGUUAAAAGUGUAUCUAUAAUACUGUUUGCCAACGUUGAGCGGUGUAAUCAGCAGACCUAGCAUUCAUAAAUUAUACAACGUUUGGGUUUCAGCCAGCAGACUUGGUUUGCCAAGUGAUAUGAUGAUUUCUCAUAUAAGCCAGUUAAGGUUUCUUCCUUUAAAGGACAAUUGUUUUACUGGGCCACUGUUCAAUGUGGGACAUGGUAAGGCUCCAUUCACAGACCCAUUCUGGCCUUCAUAAUUCAGACAAAAGUUUUAAAAAAAACAAAGAAACCACAACAACAAAAAAAAUGACCUCAAUACAGAGUUCACACUAAGGUUGUUCUUUAGGUUUUCUGCCACAAAAUCAAAUCAUACAAAAAAAGGAAUUGGCGGCACAUCUGGAACAUGAAUUUCUCAGCAAUGGUGCUGCCGUAAAGACCAAAAUUUAUACAGGAUAGAAAUGAGAAAACCUAAAAUCUUAACCAACAAAUAUGGGAUUUCAGCUGCACCAUAUGACUUACUACAGGUGCGUAGUUUACUGCCGUCGGCAUCCCACUGUGCAAAGUGCGCAUGUGCAUAUGUGCUCUGCCCCCACCACGGUACGUGUUGCCCUAGCGAUGGAUGCACAUGUCAGUCACUAAGGAAAAGCUGAAUAAAUUGUAAAAACAUAUUUAAAAAUAAAUGCAGCAGGGAGCUCAGAGAGAACAGUGAUAUAAGAUAGUUUCAUUUAACCCUCAGGGAGCAAUUGUCAGUCCACAUGGGCAGGUAAGUUUAUAGAUCACAUAUGGCAUUCUGCAUGUGAUGGUAUAGCGAAUCUAGUAGAUUUUGUUACUGUGUGAAUGUGAACUUUGUUGAGAUUUGUACAGAGCUCUGGUAUAUGAAUGGUUGGUUUUGGCAGGGAGUUCAGCAUGUACCAGCUGUCUACCAUGGCCACGAGAUGAGCUAAUCUAGUAUGAGGUUCCGGAAUGUUUUGGGUUUUGUUGAUUAAUUUGGCAGUUGUGAAGUGGACUUGGAACAGUACCUGGACUUGGGAUCAUGUCAAGGUAUCAGGUGCUCUAAUGUGACAGCCUGGUAUGUGUAUGUGGUUACUUAGUAAGAAACUUUGUUGUUGCUAGUGGGGCGGUCCGACCUUAAUUAUUUUCACGAACUGCUGUGUUGUCUGAGUAGCAUUGGACAAAUUUCCUCGAUGUAAAGAUCCCCAGUGUUGCAGUGAUCACAAUGGGAAAUAGUGCAAAGAGAGCCACAGUUUACUAAAAGAGGGUGUGCACUGUGUAUCUGUGGGCCAAAUGUAUCAGAACUAGAUGUCCUCAAAAUGUCUGCAGUAGCCAGUCCAAAUGACAAGAGAAUUGAUAGUUGGGAAAAUGAAAGUGGCUUUCCUGUUUCUGUGGGAUAUAAAGUUUAGCCAACUGAACAGGUCUUCUUCUGUUAGUCAUUGCUAGGGAAAAUGCUGUUAGGGCACAUAGUUUGCAUGGCACUGAAACAGUGAGGAGAUUUAUAAUAGUCUGCACAAACUGAAACUGUAACUACCAGUAUUGAAAUUGUUGCAGACUUACCCAAGAGCACAACAGGUCUUUUAGAAAGCGGUCGAGUCCUUCCCUACGGUGUGGGGAUGUGUAAAAGAUGACGACUCUACAGACCAAAGGCCAGAUCAAAUCUGUGUAUGGGCAGGACCCUUGGAAAGCUGGAUGUGUUAUAUGUAAUUUCCCAAAUGAGGGGCCGAAAAUGAGUUGUGGUGGGUUGCCAAAAAAGGGUUAUAUGUAACUUAUAAAGAGUGCCUAUUGGGGGCCACAUGUAGGAGUAUGGCAGCAGAAGGCCGAGAGUGCCUAUUGUAAGUGCUGAGCUGCCGAGUGUGAAAUGGACUGUAUGAGAUGUGCGGAUUAUGGCAUGAACAAAUGUAUGUGUUGUGAGUUGGAUUGGUAAUUGCGUAUGGCAGUACUGAUCCUCCACUGUUUCGAACUGGUCCAGAACGUUAGGGGGAUUGGCAUGAAUAGAAGUUUGGUCAUGUCAAACUUAUUUGAUGGCCGUUUAUUAGGCCGAGACCAAGUAAAAUGUAUUAUAUGACAGACAGAUUUAGUAUGUGUCCGCCGACAUUUAUUUAUGUAUAAGUGCAAGAUAAUGCAUCUUGGACGCAAAAACUCAAAGGCAAAGUAUAAAAUAUUUGAUAGUUCUAACCUCCACAUUCGAGGAAAGGGAUUUAGGGGUGAUUAUUUCUAAUGACUUAAAGGUAGGCAGACAAUGUAAUAGAGCAGCAGGAAAUGCUAGCAGAAUGCUUGGUUGUAUAGGGAGAGGCAUUAGGAGUAGAAAGAGGGAAGUGCUCAUGCCAUUGUACAGAACACUGGUGAGACCUCACUUGGAGUAUUGUACGCAGUACUGGAGACCGUAUCUUCAGAAGGAUAUUGAUACUUUGGAGAGAGUUCAGAGAAGUGCCUAGAUGUAGGUGGCUGGACCGAGACGUGAUAAUACUCUUAUUUGCAGGCAGAGCUCCUGCAAAGGAGAGAGAGUAUCAACUUUAUUUGUUUGCUCCCUCUGCUACUUCUGUCGGUUUUUUUAAAAAACCUUUUUUUUUCUAUAUAAAUUACCUCUCCCACCCUCUUUCACCUGCCCCUCUCUCACCCUUUUCCUCUAUCUCUUCUCCCCUCACCAGUUUAGAUUGCACACGUGCUCUGAGACGUUAAACGGUUGUUGAGUAAAAUGUUUUAUUUUGCAGGUCAUUCUGCAAACUGAAGUGGGGGGAGGGGGGGGGGGCACCUUUUUCAUAGUAGGGUAUUUUACAUAGAAUAGGUCCCCUCUCCAAAAGUGUUUGAGUAACACUUUGAAAUUAUAUAAAGACUUUUACUUCUCUAUUUAAAAUCCCUCUUGGCCUCACAAAAACAUAGCAGAACUAAUACUUUAUUAUACAGUAGAUGUAUAAAAAAAUAUUAGUUCGGCUAUGUUUUUGUGAAGUCAAGGACAACCCGAGUGAGAUAAAUAUUGACUGGCUUUCUUGUCGAUGUUCUAUUUUAAUAUUCAUUUUACUGCUCUGUGCAAUAACUCUUAGACUUUAUGAUAUAUAAUUACCAGCUGCAGGGCUGCUGCAUAACCGGUGUGCAGUACUCUGUUUUGAUCCAUAGAUUGAAAUCUCUAAUAGAAUAAAGUCCUCUCCAUUUUUACCUACAGAUCAACUCUUGUAACUCAAACGCAUCUACGUUGCUUUUGUCAUUCAGGAAUUACAUGCUAUACAUUAUAUAGAGAAUGCAGUUCCCAGGGCCAGAUUAAGAGCCCAGUGGGCCUGGUGCUGACAAUUAUGAUGGACCUAAUUACAGAAUCUUAUCGACCAAAAACACAAACACUUCCAAGCGUCAUGUAUCUGAAUGAGAGAGUGCUUGAGGGAAAGAAAACAGCAGCUAUAAGAAAACAGCAGCUAUAAGAAAACACAUACUCUAUGCUAAUCUGUCUAAUUUGUUUUCAUCUUAAUCCAUAACCCCUAACAGCAGUAUCCAGUCAAGCAGGAAGUCAAUGGGUAAGGUAAAAGGGUGUGCCACUGACACAAAUCGCGUAACCUGCCAAAAGGGCGAACAUGCCCAAAAAGAGGGCAUGGCUGCCCAAUGAAUUUGAAGGCCAGCCUGCCAAUCAUACAAGAUGGCCAAUUUAGGGCAUACUAUGCAGACAGCACCCUGAGCUUGGCAUAAAUGUGUCUGAUGCGCUCGCUCAACGCUUUCUAAGGACUGUCCCCCUAGCACUCACAUAUCCACUUGUCUCCUUACCUUCUUACUAGCAGGCAGAAGCUCCUGGUAUACAGUAUGGGACUGAGAAAAGCUGUAUAUAGUGAGUGUAGAAGAAAGUGAACAUGCCACAUUGUUAGAGAGACCAAAGUCAACAUAACCUAAACUAAUUUUAUUGUCAGCCAGUCCACACAAGUUCUGUUCCCAUACAUCCCUCUUAAGUUUUCAUACUUAAACAAGAGUAUGUGAAAAGUAGUUAGGGUUGCCACCUUUCUUGGAAAAACAUACUGGCCUUACUAAUUUGCAUAAUUAAUUAUGUAUGGGUGACAUCACAUGAUGUAAAUCACAAGGAGUGACAUAAGAGAAAAUGCUGUAAAAUCACUACAAAAACUACUUGGUUUGAUUCUGCUGUAUAGAUGGAUUGCUCCCAGUGUCUCAAGUCUCCCAGUGUCCCCAUGUCUCCCAGGUUCCCCAUGUCACUAGGAACAUGGAAAGACCUGGUGACACUGGUAGACUAGGGGACACUGGCUGGGACACAUAGGGACACUGGGAAAAUAGGGGACACUUGAAGACAUAGGGACACAGACACCAGAGACACUGGCUGGGGGACAUGGAGACUUUGAGACAUGGGGUCACUGAGACACCAGGGUCACAGACAAUAGGGACACUGGCGGGACACAUGGGGACAUUGAGACACUUGGGGCACUAGGAGACAUGGGGGCACUAGAAUACAAGGAGACACAGACACUGGGAGACUAGGUAAAACUGUGUGACAUGGGGACACUGUGUCCCCAUGUGUCUGUGUCCCCACGUGUCUGUCAUAAUGUCUCCCAGUGUCCCUUAAUGUCUCAGUACCCAUGUCUCCUUGCAGUCUUUCCCCCCCAUUCCUCACUUCCCUGAGCUGUAGGCUGUCUCUGCAGGAUGGAAGUUGCUGUCUGGACUCUCUGUAGCUGCUCCCCUGCGGAUCAGUGAGUAGAGAUAGGCAGGGAGGGAUAUGCUGGAACUUCCUAUCCCUGCCUCUCUCCACACACAGUGACCCCUACUGGGGGUGGGGUGUGUGUGUGUUUUUUUAAAACUGCUGCUGCAGCUCCAUCAGCUCCUAUGUUAAUCCGGCCCUGGCAGUUCCCUCUAAGGAGUAUAUAUCUGGUUGAAACUGAGGAUCUCUGAAAAAAAAAUUUUUGUAUUCAUUUUUUUGUUUUUUUGUUUAGGGUAAAUAUCCCAAAACCUCUUAUUUUCUGUAGAGGUGAUUGAAAAGAUUUGAUCUUUGACUAAAAACCUGCCUGCUUGUUAGUUGAUUGUGUGUGAUGUGUGUUUAUAUGUAAUGGUGCUUGUGCCGAUUGUGCUUUUAAUGACUUUCUAAUCCCCAGGUUGUGCAGAUUCCAUUCUGUGGGGAAAUUGACUGUGAAGAUUGGAUAAAGAAGACGACUGCAAGGUAAUUUUAUCUGACUGGUCUUUGCUUUUCUCCAUGUCAUAUAUCACCAAAUUGAUGAUGGUUUUGUUUUUACAUACAUAAAAAUAAUCAGUUCCUUAGCAGGUCUUAUAGUUAGGUAAAUACAACCUCAGCUGAACAACAACACAUGAUAUAUUACACUGUGUGUCAUUAUUUAUUUAACAAAAAAAGCCAAAAUGGAGAAGCAAUGUGUGGAACUGAAUACACCAUUACUGCUUCCAUAGCAUUUAAUAGGCUAAGUAGCACUUGAUUAAUUGAUCAUCAGCAAGUGUGACCACCUCUAUAAAAGCCGAGGUUUUAGCAGUUUUGCUGGUCUGGUGCAUUCAGGUGUGUGUUAACACAAUGUCAAGGAGGAAAGACAUCAGAAAUGAUCUUAUAGAAGCAAUUGUUAUAAGGUCAUUUCCAAACCAUUUCAAAUCCAUCAUUCUGCAGUGAGAAAGAUUAUUCAAAAGUGGAAAACAUUCUAGACAGUUGUCAAUUUUCCCAGGAGUGGACUUCACAGCAAAUUCAGUCCAGUGCCAGACUGUGCACCACUCAGUAAAAUUGCAAAAAAAGUUACAUUUCUCACUAAAAAGAACAUGGACGCGCGUUUAGGUUUGCAAAGUGACAUCUAAACAAACCACAAGACUUCUGAAACAAUGUCUUUUGGAUAGAUGAGACCAAAGUGGAGAUGUUUAGUUUUCGCUAAACGUGGCACAGCAUUAUGCCCAAACACAGCAUAUCAGCAGAAACACCUCCUACCAACUGUCAAACAUGGCAGUGGAAGGUUGAUGAUUUGGACUUGUUUUGCAGUCACAGGACCUAGGGAUGUUGGAGUAAUUGAUCGCUCUAAAAGAGCAGUCACAUGGCCACAUUAGGUGUCCAUAGUGCUGACAGCAGGGGGACUGCCUGAACUGACAAAAAAGUGAAAAAAGUUUUAAAAUAUAUUAAAGUUGAUAAAAAAAAAAAUGUGUAUAUGUGUGUGUGUGUGUGUGUGUGUGUAUAUAUAUAUAUGUGUGUGUGUGUGUGUAUAUAUAUAUAUAUAUAUAUAUAUAAUACAACGUUUAACAAAAAUCUGCACGCCAGUCAAGCCAUAAGACUUGCUUUUCCCACAAAAAUCCCAUAACUGCAGCGAUGUUAAAACUGCAAAGGAUUCUGGGUGGGCAUAUGCAAAUUAGUUUAACAAAGAAUCAAAUUUUUGCCUCAUUCCAUUUUAAACAUGGAUUCCUUUUAAUCUGUGUUUGCUGUAUACAACAGCUUGAAACACAAUAUAGGAAAAGAUGCAAAAUAUAUAUAUAGACAUAGCAGAAAUGACCGCACUUUAAGGAAUUUAUAGAGAUUUUCAAAUAAAAUUUAACUUUUAUUCAAUCCUUUUAAAAAGUCAACGUUUCAGCUCCCACAUGGAGCUUUCAUCAGGACAAAACAACAAUUGUUAUUCUUUAUUUCCUAUUUUUUUUAGGAUUUGUUUAUUUCUUUUCCUUCCUUCCUUGCUUUAAUGUUACACACUCUUUUCCACUUGGCCGCACUGCCUUAGGUUUUGGCGGGACUGAGUCACAUGGCACACUUAUUCUCUCAACACCAGAGCCGAACACAGCUACUACUCCCAUAACACCUGCAGCACCCGCUGCGACAUAGCAACGUACACAAGAUACACAAAGAGACCAGGCCACUGAGACACCAAUUAUAUAUAAUUAAUGUAUAUUUCUGCCUCUCCUGCUGCAGGCUUUUCUCAUUUAAGGCAGUUUUUUGCAAUGGUUGCAUUAAAAUAAGUUACAAUUUUAAAUUUCACUUUCACAAAUUUGACUAUUAUUUCCAGAAUUAUUUGUUAGCAAAUAUAGUUUGAUUACACUUUAAAAUAGCCACAUGUUUUCUCUCUUUUUAUUUUAUUUAUAUAAUAUAUGUAAGGUUUGGUUUGGUUUAAGUUUAAGCACUGUCCCUAGGCUGUUUCGAGAAAGCAGCUCCAUCCUGUGUCCAUUUACAGUAAUGCAGGAUAGCAGUACUCCCAGCUUGUUCAAUGAGAAAUGUACAUUGGCCCAAGACUUACGUAUUGAAAAAGGUACCCUGUAGCUUCCCAUCCUUUUACAUUACAAAUGCCUGGUGAGUCGUAUUUUUCUCUUACAGUUCUCGCAGUGCAUGAGACUACAGUUAGGGACAUGGACACUAUAAUGUUUGGAAUACAGGUUUGUAUUCCUAAUGCUAUAGUGUUCCUUUAACCCCUUAAGGACCGAUGACAGCUCAGGACUGUCAUCAGAAACAUCCCCUUGAGGACUGAUGACGGUCCUGAACCGUCAUAAUUACUUACCCGAUCACCACCGUUGCUCCGGUUCUGAGGGGAUUGUCUGACAGCCCAGACAGUUCCCCUUCAGCAAAUAUGGCCGCAAUAGGUGUCCAAGUAUCUGCCUGCAGGGACACUGCCUGAACUGACAGUCUCCCUGCUUCUGGAAAAUAAAAAAUGUUGGUAAAUAAAAAAAAUUAUAUGUAUAUAUAAAAUAUAUAAUAUGUGUAUAUAUAUCGUGUGUAUAUAUUAUGUCAUGCUAAGUGUAUUUUUAUAUUAAAUACAUAUAUUAAUAUAAAAAUAUACUUGUAAUAAAAUUACACACGUGUGUGUGUGUGUGUGUAUAUAUAUUAUAGAAUAUACGUAAGUAAAUACAAAUAAAUAAAAAAAUUAUAUAUGUCAUUUUAUUUUAUUUUGCUAUUAAUACAUUUAUAUCAAAAUACACUUAGAAUAAAAUUAUAUAUGUAUAUCUACUUCUAUAUAAAUAAAUAAAAAUACAAUAUAUAUUCAUAUACAUAAUUACAUAAAUAAUUUCAUAAAUAUACACGUAGACUUCAAAUAUAUAAAUAUGUAUAUUUAAAUUCUACGUGCAUAUUUAUGUAAUAUUUUUACAUAAUUAAGUAAUUUUAUUUAUUGCAAUUUGAGGGACAUGCCUGACAACCCAGGCUGAAAUCCAGAGAAUUUAAUUUGCAAGCACUAUAUUUAACCCUGUAACUUUCCAAGACACCCUAAAACAUGUAUAUGACGGGUACUGUUUUACUCGGAAGACUUCGCUGAACACAAAUAUUAGUGUUUCAAAACAGCAAAACAUAUCGCAGCGAUGAUAUAGUCGGUGAAAGUGACGUUUUUUUGCAUUUUUCACACACAAACAACACUUUCACUGAUUAUAUAAUUGUUGUGAUAUGUUUUCCUGUUUUGAAACACUAAUAUUUGUGUUCAGCCAGUCUCACGAGUAAAACAGUACCCCUCAUGUACAGGUUUUAUAGUGGUUUUGAAAGUUACAGGGUCAAAUAAGCCUUGAAUUUCCAUUUUUUCAAUUUGCCAGAUUAUGUUUCAUUUGAGAGCGUAUAAUAGCCCAGGAAUGAGAAUUACCCCCAUGAUGACGCACACCAUUUGCAAAAGAAAACAACCCAAGGUAUUGCAAAUAGGGUAUGUUCAGUCUUUUUAGUAGCCACUUAGUCACAAACACUGGCUAAAAUUAGCGUUCAUAAUUGUUUUUUGCAUUUCUAACACACAAUCAAAUAUAAAUGCUAACUUUGGCCAGUGUUUGUGACUAAGUGGCUACUUAAAAAUACUGGACAUACCCCAUAUUUAAUACCCUGGGUUGUCUACUUUGAAAAAACAUGUGCAUGUGAGGUGUGAUUCAGAGAUUUAUGACAGAUAAGUGUUACAAUGUCACUAUUGAUCAAUUUUAAAAAUAUAUAUUUUGAAAAAGCAAUGUCCUACUUGUAAUUAUAGCCCUAUAACUUGCACACAAAAAAGCAUGUAAACACUGGGUGUUUCUAAACUCAGGACAAAAUUUUGAAUCUUUUUAGCAGUUUUUUUCAUUAGAUUUUUUAGAUGAGUAAAAGAUUUUUCAAGUAAAAGUUAAGAAACAUGUUUUUUUAAAUUCACCAUAUUUUAUUAUUUUUAAAGUAAAUUAUAUGACAUGAUACAAAUAAUGGUAUGUAAAGAAAGCCCUUCUAAUCCUGAAAAAAAGCAAUAUAUAAUUUGUAUGGGAACAGUAAAUGAGAGAGAGGGAGGAAAAUUACAGCUAAACACAAACUCCACAAAAGUGUUAAACCAGUCUGGUCCUUAAGGGGUUUAACUUGCGUUGUUUUGGUGCCUGUUUUCUAUAUAUAAAAAGAAAAUUUUGUUGUUCAGUAGAUAUAAUCCAAAUGAAAUAAAAGUACAUAAAAGUGUUUUAUUGGGAUAUAUCUAAAAUAGCUUGCAAAAUCUGCAGUUCUUUUGUUUGCAGCCUCUACAAGCCCUCAUUUAGGAGACUGGAGUGUCCCUUUAACAGCUAGUUUUGUUGAAUUAAAAACUGUUGACUAGAGUGCCCUUAGAAAGCAAACAAAAUAAAUAUUGUAACAAGUUCUUAUUAAUGUUCUAUCAGUUCAAAUUUUCUCCCCUGAAAACAUGUAAAAUAAUCUUGCACAAGUCAGUUUGAAAAAUUAAAUUAUUAUUUAUUUAUUUAUUUUUACCCAGGGAGCAAGAUCUUGAACCUGGAGCACCUUCCAUGGGAGCAAAAGGCCUGUGUAUCCCCUUCAAACCCCUCAAGGAGCUGCAAGCUGGCACCAAGUGUGUCUGUAGCAAGAAUCCCGCCAAGUACUAUACGCUGUUUGGACGCAGUUACUAAUGGAAGAAAAGAUCUCCUGAGCUCUUUAUUUUUAAUAGGAAUUUAACAAAAGAAAAUAAAAAAAGAUUUUAGGACCCAUGCUAUGUGUAGUUAAAUGUUUUACAUCACUGCACUUAUUUUUUUUGUGAAAACAUCCCAAAUAAACGUUAAUAAGAGAAAACAAUAUCUCGGUGUAUUUUGUAGCUGGAUCUGGGAGCUACAUUAACUUUGGGUCAAACACUGGACUCCACUAAUGGGCACCUGCACCCAUUAUUACAUACGGCAACGGCGGAGGGGUGGGGGGAGCAUUGACAUUAUUAAUGGGAACAUAUCCUUCACAAAUCAUGUGGAUGUCAAGGUUAUCAUCGCAAUCUAAUAUAGUUG